CCCUCCCAUUCGGUGACAGCUCCCUCCCUGUCUGCUCACCUGGGUGUGAGCUCACAUCGUGGCAGAAGAUGUCCUGCCAAUAAUGAGCUUACAAGAUGAUGUUCAGUGUGGAGGACACGGCUGAGAAGUGACGGAGGGCAGGAUGUUGCCCCCCCCUACUUUGAUCAGAGCAUGGGGGCUCAAAGAAUGAUAUCUAUUUGUACCAAUUCCAGCUCCUGAGCACCAUGGAGCCAAGAGAUGCCCAGUUUUCCAAAGCCAGCCACCUGAUGGCAGAUGGAGAGGCUGGCAUGGCAGGAGAGGAGGGGCCCGUGAUGCUCUGUGCACACAGCUCAUCUCCAGGAUCUAAUCAGCAUCCUGUUGUCUCUGGACCUUUCAAGCAUCCUUCUGUAUCCAGCCAGCAUCUUCGUUUAUCCAGUCCCAGCCAGCAUCCUUCUGCCCCCAGUCCCAGCCAGAAUAGUUCUAGCCCUGGAUCCAGCCAGCCUUCUCCAGCCACUGGAACUAGUCAGCAGUAUCCAGCCCCUGGACCCAGCCAGCAUCCGACUGCCUCCGGUCACAGUCACUACAGUUCUGAUCCUGGACCUAGCCAGCAUCCUACGGCCACUACAUCAAGCCAAUAUUUUACGGUGCCUGGGCAUAACCAGCAUCUCUCCAUCACUGGGGCUAGUCAAUAUGCAGCUGCCCCCAUAUUUAAUCAGAAGCAACUCAAACCAGGGCACAACCACUCUCCUGUAAAUCCUGGACCUGCACCACCUGUCCAUAACCAGACAUCUCAACCAGAACAAAUCCAGGUUCUGACCUCAGAUUCCAGCCAAUAUGGUCCUGCCACUGAACUCAACAAACCCCCUGCUCUUGAACCAGGUGUGUGUCCAACUCUGCCACUCUACCAACCAAAUAAUUUAGUACAAAAUCAGACUCCACUACCACAGCAUGUUCCUGAAAUUGGAUGCAUCCACAUUCCCUCCCCAAAGCAAAACCUGUCUCCUAGCACAACAAUCAAUCAAUCUCAAGACUUGCAAUUCAUCAAGACUCCUCCACCAGGAUCGGUCCAGGCUCCUGUACAAAACUGUAGCCCAAAUCAAGUUUCCAGACCCAGGCUGCCUCCAAGUCAACCAUCCAACAAGCCUCCUGGUCUAACACCGAGACAAUCACCUGCUUCAGAAUCCAAAUUGCCUCCCUCCUCAGGAUCAAUUCAAUUGUUUAACCCUAAUAACCAGACUCCAAUCCAGGCAACUAAUCAGGCUACUUCUGAGAGAGCCAGCCAGAAUUCAGCCAAUGGAUUAAACCAGCCCCCCUCCACAGGCUCAACUCAGCUUUAUGGUCCAAGACCAAAAGUACUAAACCAGGCUUUUGCCACCGCAACCAAUCAGACUCUUGUAGCACCCGUAUCCCACCAAACUCCUGCAUCUGGACCGAAGCAGGCACCUCUGGCGCCCAGACUUCCCCAAUCUGCUGUUGUCACUGCACAAAACCAGACGUCUGCCUCCAGAUUCAACUUAACUAUUGUCCCUGAAUCCAAUCAGUCUGUUCCUGGAGCCGGCAUGUUUCCUGCUUCAAUCCCCAAUGAGAUUUUUGCGACUGACAUAAACCACACGCUGGUUAGUGGACCUGGCCAGACUCCCAUCCCUGCAUCCUAUAUGUUUACUGGUCCUGGACCCAGCCAGGUUCUUGACACAAGACCCAACCAGUCCCCUGCACCCACGCCCAACCAAUCCAUAGUCCCUAGCAUUAAACAGUCUGCCACCCCUGGAUCUAACCUGUCUCCUGUCCCCACAGCCACUCAGAGUGCUGUCCUUGGGCCAAAUCAGUCUGCUGUCCUCGCACCCAGCCAAAUUCCUUCCUCUGGGCCCAAUCAGCCUCCCACUGAUGGAUCUAAUCACUCUCCUGCCAAUGGAUCCACACAUUCUUCUUCUGCUGGAUCCAAUCAGUCUCCUACCCCUGUAUCAAAUCAGUCUCCCACCUCUGUUUCCAAUCAAUCACCUGCCCCUGGAUCCAGUCAAAAUGCCCUUCCUGGAUCCAAACUUUCUCCUGCUCCUGGAACUAUCAAGUGUCCUGUUUCUGAACCCAGCCAGACAGGGUCCAAUCAGUCCCCAGCUGCAGAGUCCAACCAGAGUCCCACUCCUGGUCAGUUUCCAGACCCAGGACUCAGUCAAACUACAGACCCUGGACUAAGCCCCCUGAUUCCCAAGUCAGACGCUCCUGAACAGAGUGACACAGAGUAUCAUGGAACUUUCAUGCAGCGUCAAUUUGGGGCCUUCUUACAGCCAGCUGUAAAUAAAUUUUCACUGCGGAUGUUUGGGAGUCACAAGGCUGUAGAGAUUGAGCAGCAAAGAGUAAAAUCUGCUGGGUUCUGGAUUAUUCACCCUUACAGUGACUUCAGGUGGGUAGUUGGCAUAUUGAGGAGAGAGGAUUCUCUCAUCUAUUAAAAAUGCAUGUGUAACACUGUUCAUUUGUGAAUCACACAAUACUCUAUGCUCCACUUUGUGCAGCAUUUGCUGGUCCACCAUACCCUGCUCCUCUUUGUGCAACACUCUCUACUACCCUCUGUACCAUGCCCCCUGCUCCUUUAUACAAUAUCCUACUACCCUCUGUACCAUGCCCCCUGCUCCUCUUUGUGCAACACUCUCUACUACCCUCUGUACCAUGCCCCUGCUCCUUUAUACAAUACCCUACUACCCUCUGCACCAUGCUCCCUGCUCCUCUUUCUGCAACACUCUCUGCUACCUUCUGUACCAUGCCCCCUGCUCCUAUUUGUGCAACACUCUCUGCUACCCUCUGUACUAUGCCCCCUGCUCUUUUAUACAAUACCCUAUUACCGUCUGUACCAUGCCCCCUGCUCCCUUUAUAUAAUACCAUACUACCCUCUGUACCAUGCCCCCUGCUCCCUUUAUACAAUACUCUACUACCGUCUGUACCAUGUACCCUGCUCCCUUUGUACAAUAUUCUACUACCCUCUGUACCAUGCCCCCUGCUCCCUUUAUACAAUACUCUACUACCCUCUGUACCAUGCUGCCCCUUUCAACCUUUAUACAAUACUCUGCUACCAUCUGUACCAUGCCCUCUUUAUUCAAUACUCUACUACCCUCUGUACCAUGCCCCCUGCUCCCUUUAUAUAAUAUAUUGCUACCCUCUGUACCAUGCCCCCUGCUCCCUUUAUACAAUACUCUACUACCGUCUGUACCAUGUCCCCUGCUCCCUUUGUACAAUACUCUACUACCCUCUGUACCAUGCCCCCUGCUCCCUUUAUACAAUACUCUACUACCCUCUGUACCAUGCUGCCCCUUUCAACCUUUAUACAAUACUCUGCUACCAUCUGUACCAUGCUCUCUUUAUUCAAUACUCUACUACCCCCUGUACCAUGCCCCCUGCUCUUUUUAUACAGUACUCUGCUACCCUCUGUACCAUGCCCCAAGCUCUCUUUAUAUAAUACUCUACUACCCUCUGUAUCAUGCCCCCUGCUCCUUUUAUACAAUACUGUACUACCCUCUGCACCAUGCCCCCUGCUCCCUUUAUACAAUACUCUACUACCAUCUGUACCAUGCCCCCUGCUCCCUUUAUACAAUACUCUACUACCGUCUGUACCAUGUCCCCUGCUCCCUUUGUACAAUACUCUACUACCCUCUGUACCAUGCCCCCUGCUCCCUUUAUACAAUAAUCUACUACCCUCUGUACUAUGCUGCCCCUUUCAACCUUUAUACAAUACUCUGCUACCAUCUGUACCAUGCCCUCUUUAUUCAAUACUCUACUACCCUCUGUACCAUGCCCCCUGCUCCCUUUAUACAAUACUUUACUACCCUCUGCUCCCUUUAUAUAAUAUAUUGCUACCCUCUGUACCAUGCCCCCUGCUCUUUUUAUACAGUACUCUGCUACCCUCUGUACCAUACCCCAAGCUCCCUUCAUAUAAUAUUCUACUACCGUCUGUAUCAUGCACCCUGCUCCCUUUAUACAAUACUCUAUGUAGCGGAUGGCAUUGGGCUGUCCUAAUAAUUACAGUUAUUGCUAUGUGUUCGUUUAAAUUGUGACCUAUGUAUGUGAAAUGUAUGCAGCAUUCGACUGAUUGUUCGGUAGAAUCACUCCAGUUAUUAUGAGAGUGAAACUACCGAACAGUCAGACCACCCCAGUAGUAAGUGUGCCUCCAAUUACCGUUUGCAACAAUGUUGCAAACGGGUAAUUGGCAAUUCGUGUAGUGGGUUCUUUGUUCUCUGGGUGGCCACCAUCCGGGAGACGAACACGUGGUGGCGGCCAUUUUAAACUCCCGAACAGCGGUGUUUUGCCGUCGAGUGUCUGGAACCCAAAUCGGACACUCGGCUAGGCAAACACCACUGAGACCUCCACACCACUGGCGGAUCCAGGGGGGGGGGCAACGGGGCAAUUGCCCCCCCGAGAAAUCCGCCGGUCUCCCUCCCCUACCAGCAGCACAUGCAGGUGCCAGCCCUGCAAUGUGCCUGCGGACCGGAGGGGAGAUCGGAGAUCUCCCUCCCCGGUCCGCAGGCACUGUGCUGACAGCCGGCAGGGGAGGGAGAGGGAGGACCCGGGAGCUCAGUCUGCAGCUCCUCCGGGUCCUCCUCUCGCGAGGUUUGGAGCGUUGCCAACGCUCCAAAUCUCGCAAGAGUGAACUCUAGCCCGGGAGCGCGGGCUAGAGUUCACUGUAACCACUGGGACCACCAGGGAAUCACCACUGGGACCACCAGGGAUGAAAAUAUGUCCCCCCCUCCUCCUCAGCGAGUAGCAGAAGGGGACAUAUUACCCAAUUAAGAUAUAUAUUUAAAAAGCCCCCCCACCUUAACACGCACGCACACACACACACACACACACACAGCCCCAUGCCCCCCCAUACACAUACACUUUAUGCACCUUUACACACACACACACACACACACACACACACACACAGCUCACACACUGUCCCCCUCACACACACACACACUGCACCCCUUACACAUUGCACCACACACACACCACUGCUCCUAUGCCCUACUACCGCCCCAUUUCCCAGCAGACCUCAGGUAAGUUGUGAAACUGUUCUUAAACGGUUUGACUACUUACUCUAGGAGGGGGUCCCGGCACUAUUGACACCAUAACCACUACACUGAGCUGUAGUAGUUAUUGUGUCUGGAUUAUUUCUUUAAAUAAUCUACAAGUGCCCCUCCCGAGAUCAGGCUCUGGAUCCGCCACUGCUCCACACUGCCCUUAAAUUCGUAUAGAAACUACCGAACGGCCACCCGUUCGGUAGGAAGAAACACCCGAACAAGGGGAUUUAUGCGAACCCUCCCUAGUCUCCAUAGCCCAAGUCUUUCAUGCAGUUUAUUCCCUUUUUCUGUGACCGACCGCAGGGCCAAAACGCAUGGAACCAAUUUCGUCUGUUACCUCCAGCGUGGUCGGUCUUUUUACUACUUCCACAAAUCUCCUGAACCCCUGGUCCAAUCUGGGUGAUUUUUGGAUAUGUCACGCACCCAGAUCAGGGCUACCAGGGGAUUUAAUAUUUUUAGGGGUACAUCCAGAAACCCAGGGAAUUUGUGUCCUGCAUAAUAGGAUUAUGAGUCAGGCUAAGGGGAGGGGAUGUGUGGGCGGCUACUCAUGUAUGAUUGGAUACUGUACUAAUGAUUGUAAAUCCCUCCCUUGCAUGGGAGAAUGCUUUAAAAGAAGGUUGAGUGAUUAAAAGUUCAGUUCUGCUCCUGAUGCUGUGUGUCAUCCAGUCAUUGGGAUCUGUAUGGGAAUAUUCGUGGAUUACAUUGCUUGCUGGGAUUAUUGCUCUAUGGUAUUUUAUUACUUGUUCCUGUACCAUGCCCCCUGCUCCCUUUAUAUAAUACAUUGCUACCCUCUGUACCAUGCCCCCUGCUCCCUUUAGACAAUACUCUACUACCCUCUGUACCAUGUCCCAAGCUCCCUUUAUAUAAUACUCUACUACCCUCUGUAUCAUGCGCCCUGCUCCCUUUAUACAAUACUCUACUACCCUCUGUACCAUGCUCUCUUUAUAUAAUACACUGCUACCCUCUGCACCAUGCCCCCUGCUUCCUUUAAGAAAUACUCCACUACCCUCUGUACCAAGCCCCCUGCUUCCUUUAUACAAUACUCUACUACCCUCAGUACCAUGCCCCCUGCUCCCUUUAUACAAUACUCUACUACCCUCUGCACCAUGCCCCCUGCUCCCUUUAUAAAAUACUCUACUACCCUCUGUACCAUGCCCCCUGCUCCCUUUAUAAAAUACUCUACUACCCUCUGCACCAUGCCCCCUGCUUCCUUUAUGAAAUACACUACUACCCUCUGUACCAUGCCCCCUGCUUCCUUUAUACAAUACUCUACUACCCUCUGUACCAUGUCCCCUGCUCCCUUUAUACAAUACUCUACUACCCUCUGUACCAUGCCCCCUGCUUCCUUUAUACAAUACUCUACUACCCUCUGCACAAUGCCCCCUGCUUCCUUUAUAUAAUACACUGCUACCCUCUGUACCAUUCCCCCUGAUCCCUUUAUACAAUACUCUUUGCUCCCACUGUAUCAUGCCCCCUGCACAUCCUUAAUAAUCUGUAUAUGGAUAAUUGGAUACAUUUUCUGCAUACACAUAUUUUAAUAUAUGUAUACAUUUACACACAUAAACUAAUUCUAAUUCACACAGCUCUCUACAGAUAUCCAUUGCUCUGCACUCACAUUACACUUUACAUAUAAACACUUUGCAACCACACAGCUUUAAAUAGAUACUCAUUGCUCUGCAUUCAUAAAGCUCUGUAUACAGAUGCACAUUGCUCUGCAUUCAGACAGCUCUGUAUACAGAUACACAUUGUUCUGCAUUCAUACAGCUCUGUAUACAGAUACACAUUGCUCUGCAUUCAGACAGCUCUGUAUACAGAUACACAUUGCUCUGCAUUCAUAAAGCUCUGAAUAGAUACACAUUGCUCUGCAUUCAGACAGCUCUGUAUAAGGAUACACAUUGCUCUGCAUUCAUACAGCUCUGUAUGCAGAUACACAUUGCUCUGCAUUCAUACAGCUCUGUAUGCAGAUACACAUUGUUCUGCAUUCAUACAGCUAUGUAUAAAUGCUUUGCAUGCCUACAAAAUCUCUCUCUCUCUCUCUCUCUCUAUAUAUAUAUAUAUAUAAAAAUAAACAUUGCUGUGUAUACACAUAGCUAUAGUCACAUAGCUGAAAAGAGACGUGUCCAUCAGUUUCAGCCUUUUUCACAUCUGGUUUGGCUGUUGAGCCAAAAGAAGGCAAAAAGCCCAGUUUGAAGCACUUUCUGAUUUUACAACAAACAAGGAAAAUAAAUUCCUUGUUGACCCAAGAAUGGUAGUCAGAUCUCUCCUUGGACCAAGAAGCUACCCCACAUGUUAAAAAUUAUAUCCCUGAAUAUUAUGUUUUUGCAAGUAUUAAUUCUGUUGCUGUUAAACAGACUCUGAUAAAACCACCUAUUCAGUUAGAGAAUUCUGCAUCCUUAUUAUUCUUACUGUAAAAAAUCCUUUCUUUUGCCUUAGACUAAAGCUCCUUUCUUCCAGUCUAAAUGUGUGACCUUGUGUCCUAUAUAUAGUCCUGUUUAUGAUUAUAUUAUACAUACACACAUACACACACACGCGCGCACACACACACACACACACACACACACACACACAUAUAUAUAUAUAUAUAUAUAUAUAUAUAUAUAUUGUAGAUUGGAUUAGCCUUAUUAGUCGAGUAGUCCAAUAAAAAAGGUAUCAUUGCAUACUGCAAUUCUCUGGUAUUAUGGCAUCUUAUAUAUAAACAAACAACAAGUCUUGAUAAAGACCCGUUAGAGGUCAAAACGUUGCUUUUUUAAUGCAAAUUUCAAUUCAUUAAUUGAUUUAUUUAAAAAGUCCAGUGAGUCCUCUCAUUUUUUCGUUUAUAUAUAUAUAUAUAUAUAUAUAUAUAUAUCUUUAUACAUUGCUCUGUAUACACACACACCUAUAAAUGCUGAUGCAUGUUUUUCAGCAAAGCAUCACUUUUUACAAAUAAUUACACUUUUGUCUGUAUAUUCACUCUUGGUAAACACAUUGACAAGUGUACAUUGACUUUGAUUUGUAUACACAUAGCCCCGCACACAUGCAUAUUUGCUCUUUAAAUAAAAAUGGCUGCACAUGCCUAUUGCUCUGUAUAAAGAUGCGCAUUUAUUUACACAUACAUGGGCAUUGCUCUGCCUACAUCAACAUUGCUUUAUACACAGAGAUAUAUAUUGUCCUGUCUGCAAACAAUCUCUGCAGAUAAAGCGUUUCCUGUAAAACUAAGCACUGUAUACAGCACUCUAUACAUACUUCAUCAAUAGAGAAAUACAUUUUUGUGCACACAAGUACCAUUGCUCUGCAUCAAUACAAUCCUCUGCAAAAGGAUAUGGUGCUCUGGUUGUCUUUACUUAACCCCUUAAGGACACAUGACAUGUGUGACAUGUCAUGAUUCCCUUUUAUUCCAGAAGUUUGGUCCUUAAAGGGGUUAAAAGCAGUUUUCCUUACAAAGAAAGCCUUCUGCACAUUCAGGUAUACCAUACCCAUUGUACAAGGAAAGGUUAAAUGUUCUUAACAUGUAUAGCUUGGAGGAAAGACGAGACAGGGGGGAUAUGAUAGAAACAUUUCAAUACAUAAAGGGAAUCAACACAGUAAAGGAGGAGACUAUAUUUAAAAGAAGAAAAACUACCACAACAAGAGGACAUAGUCUUAAAUUAGAGGGACAAAGGUUUAAAAAUAAUAUCAGGAAGUAUUACUUUACUGAGAGGGUAGUGGAUGCAUGGAAUAGCCUUCAAGCUGAAGUGGUAGAGGUUAACACAGUAAAGGAGUUUAAGCAUGCAUGGGAUAGACAUAAGGCUAUCCUAACUAUAAGAUAAGGCUAGGGACUAAUGAAAGUAUUUAGAAAAUUGGGCAGACUAGAUGGGCCGAAUGGUUCUUAUCUGCCGUCACAUUCUAUGUUUCUACACAACCGUCUUCUUACACAUGCAAAGCUGGUAUGCAGCUGUAAACUGAGAUAUAUUCAGUCCAGUCCAGAUAUAUAUCCACCUUAAUGUCCCCAACCUAAGCCAUAAAUUGCCAAGUUACUUCCCUGAAAUCCAUUAUCUCCAACACAAGCCAUAUUUUGCAUCAGUGCUUCCCAAGAUCUACUAGCUCAAAUCCAAGCCAUACAUUGAACCAUUACUUAAAUGUGAUCCAUUGAGGGUUAUUCACAAAAGUGAGAAUUGAAAGUGAAUUUCAAAUGUAAGGCUAAAGAAGCCAAACUGAAAGCAUAGCGGAAUUAGAGAAUGUUUUCCAGUUGGACUUUUUUUUUUUACUUUAAAUGUAAAAUUCCCUUUCAAAACACUUUGAAUUCUUACUUCAGUAAAUAACCAUGAUUAUCUCCAACCCCCCAGUCCCAGCUAUUUAAUGUAGUGUCAUUUCAUUGAGAACCAUCUAUCAAGAGAAAAAAAUAUUAAAAUGCAAUUCUCUUGCAUUCCAAAGUUCUGGAAAGAAAACAUAUGUAUCUGUCAGUGUACAAAUAGAAAUAUUAGAAGAUCUGGUCCAAAAAUAUAGGCAAAUUAAGUGGCGGGUAAAUAUGCCAGACUGGAGGAGACGCUGCAUUGUAGAAGUCGAAAGAUACUAAUAUACCGUAUUCACUGGAAACGAAUGUAUUGGCAAAAUAAAGUCUUAAAAAAUUUGCAUGUGCAUUAGAUCCGAUGGCGCAAUAGAUUGGCGUACGAAUGGUGCAUUAGAUGCUACAUGCACACAACGCAAAUUCACAGAGGCAAAAUUUGUCGGGGCAAAAUUUGCUGGUGGCGAAUUUCGCAUUGGCAUCGCUGCGACAGUGAAGCAAGACUUGGUUUCUGUGUACUGUAAUGCUGUACCUUGCCUCUUUGUCGCGAUGCAAAUGCAAAUUUUGCCCUGCCAAAUUUCACACGGGCGAAUUUCAAUUCGAUCAGAGGGUGGUCCUCGCUUAUCGAACUGCAUGUUGUAUAGUAGUAUCUUUUUGUACGAUUGCGCAUUACAUUCGCCAGCGAAAUUAUUUUUGGCUUCCAGGUUUCAAAAUUUGAAUGCGCAUUAGAUUCGAGUUAGUACAGUAUUUCUUUAUUCAAGUAUCCUGUAAUGUUAGUUCACUAAUAUAAAAACGAACAAAGGAGAUGCAAAUUUUUGAUCAAAUAGCAGAGAUGAAAAAAUAUUUGUAUUUAAGUCCCCCCCCGUCCCCCUCCCCCAGUUUGGCUACCAUACCUUAAACUCUGCAAUUCUAUACACAGUCUACUCCAAUUGCCUGCUUAUUGAAUAACCUAUGACUCAGACAAACUUCCUUCCUACAGAAGAGAUAGACAUAUCUAUCCAUGGUGCUGAAUCACAGAGACAAGGCAAAAUGUGCAUGCAGGAGGAAAAGUUACGUACGUAAGAUCAGGACAUAAACAUCUCAUAUAUAUGCAGCCGGAGGGGAUUAAUAAUCAACUAAUGUUACAAGUGUCCCCUGCUGAGGAAAUGAGCAUGUAUUAUGCACACACAUACAUUGUAUCAACAGGAAACUGUUCUAUAUAGCAUAAUUUAGUAAUAUCUGUUCUCUUAUCACGUCACCUAGGUGCUCUUAAAAAAAAUAAUAUUAUAUUUGCACAGUAAUUAAUAUAUGGAGGGUGUUACUAGCUAAUUAGAUACAGUAUCUCAGAAAAGAGAGUACACCCCUCACAUUAUUGUAAAUAUUUCAUUAUAUCUUUUCAUUUGACAACACUAAAGAAAUUACACUCUGCUACGAUGUAAAGUAGUAAGUGUACAGCAUGAAUAACAGUGUUAAAUUUGCUGCCCCUCAAAAUAACAACACACAGCCAAUAAUGUCUAAACUGUUGGCAGUACAUCUAGGCCGCAAGCCUAUUAAUGCCUCAUACAGUACAUCUAGGCCUCAAGCCUAUUAAUGCCUCAUACAGUACAUCUAGGCCUCAAGCCUAUUAAUGCCUCAUACAGUAAAUCUAGGCCUCAGCCUGUUAAUGCCUCAUACAGUACAUUUAGGCCUCAGCCUGUUAAUGCCUCAUACAGUACAUCUAGGCCUCAAGCCUAUUAAUGCCUCAUACAGUACAUCUAGGCCUCAAGCCUAUGAAUGCCUCAUACAGUACAUCUAGGCCUCAAGCAGGGCCGGACUGGGAAAAAAAUUAGGCCCGGGCAUUUUUCAAUCAGAGAGGCCCCCUAAGAAGGGGGCGGGGCCAGUGAGUGUGUUUUUUGUCAUCACUAAUGACAACACGCCCCCUCUCAAAGUGAGCAUGUUGGUUCAAUGCCCAGAGCCCUGCUGAAGAGCUCUGGCAUUAGAAAAAGGCCCUGAAUUUGUUCUGCGCUGCGCAAGCAAAUGUAAUAACAUGCUUGUGCUGUGUUUGCUUUUAAAUUGUCUCUGAUGUCUGGUGGGAUUGCGUGUGUGUAGAGUGUGGUGUGGUAUUGUGUAAAUAGGUCAAUUUAAUUGCAGCGAGUGUGUGCAUACGGGCUGAAGUGUGUUUGUAUAGGUGACGUAGUGUGUGUAGGGGUUGCAGAGAGGGUGUGUUUAGAGAAUGUUGUAUGUGUUUGCUGACAAGGAAUGUAGUGUGUGUGUGUAGGAGAUCUACUGUGUAAAGGACCCAGUGUGUGUGUGUGUGUGUGUGUGUGUGUAGAGGAUAAAGAGUGCAUAUAGAGUAAGGGAUCUAGUGUGUAUCUGGAGCGUAAUGUGUGUAGUGGUGCAGUGUGAGGGGUGCUGUAGUGUGUGUGUGUGUGUGUGUGUGUGUGUGUGUGUGUGUGUGUAUGUAUAUAUAUAUAUAUUUGGACUUGUAUGUGUGAGGGGCGCAGUGUGUGUAUGUAAGAGGGGUGCUGUGUGUGAGGGUGUUUUUAUCUGCUGUCACAUUCUAGGUUUCUAAUUUUCUUUGUCUGUUAACUCACUGAGGGUUAUUUUAUAUAUAUAUAUAUAUAUAUAUAUAUAUAUGUGUGCUGUAUAUGUGUGGGAGUGUGCUGUGUGUGUCUAGGGGGUGCUGUGUGUGUCUGGGUGCGCUGUGUGUGUCUGGGUGCGCUGUGUGUGUCUGGGGGUGCUGUGUGUGUCUGGGUACUGUGUGUAUCUGGGGGUGCUGUGUGUGUCUGGGGAUGCUGUGUGUGUCUGUGGGUGCAGUGUGUGUCUGUGGGUGCAGUGUGUGUCUGGGGGUGCUGUGUGUGUCUGGGGGUGCUGUGUGUGUCUGGGGGGUGCUGUGUGUGUCUGGGGGGUGCUGUGUCGGGGUGCUGUGUGUGUGAGUGAAUGUAUUUUUUUAUUUAAAUUUAAAUAUUUUUUUUUACUACUAAAAAAAAAAAAUUAAAAAAAUUUAUUUCCCCCCCUCCCUUCUUACCUUUAUCCUGGGAGGGGGGGGAGCCGUGCCGUUCUGCCAUGGAGGGAGGGGAGCCGUUCUGCCAUCCUUCCCUGGUGGCCCAGUGGUGAGAGUGAACUCUAACCUGCAGGUUAGAGUUCACUCUCGCGAGAUCUGAGCGUUGCCGCGGCAACGCUCAGAAUCCCGCGAGAGGACCCGGCGGAGCUGCUUGUUAGAGCUCCGCCGGGUCCUCUCUCCUGCCUCCCUCCCUCCCCAGCCGGCGGCCGCAUUUCCAUGCCUGUGGGCCGGUGAGGGAGAUCUUUGAUCUCCCCACCGGCCCAUGGAGGCACACAGCAGGGCCGGCGCUCGGGUAGCGCUGGCCCUGCACGGGCUGGCAGGGGAGAUCCUGUGAUCUCCCCUGCCGGCCUCGGCCCCACGGCCAUCGCGGCCCACCGGGCAUUUGCCCGGUGUGCCCGAUGGCCAGUCCGGGCCUGGCCUCAAGCCUAUUAAUACCUCAUACAGUACAUAAGCUAAUAAUAAAAACCUAAACUCUAGGCGUCUCACAUUUAUACCUGAGCAUGUAAUCUAGUGAAUCUUAACCAAUAAUAAUACUCUGGAACACAUGGUCCGAGAUAAAAUUCCAUACCACCCAAGUGUCCCUAUUUAGGAGGGACAGUCCUUAUUUUGGGUGUGAAUCCCUCUGUCCCUCUUUUCUAUCCUAAUGUUCCACAGCAAUAAUACUUCCAGUAAUGUGUCUUUAAACCACAAUAAAUGUGUUUAGAAUCAUAUAAAAUCCAAGGAAAUUAGAUUAUAGUUGCACAAAUUGAAAUGUUGGGAUGUAUGCAGCACAUAGUUACAUAGUUACUAGUAAGCUACGUUGAACGGUGAUUCAAGUCCCUCAAGUUCAAUGUUUAAUAACAAUACCUCAUAAAUAUAAAUAGUAUCUCAGCUUGGUUAUCUAGGCCUCACAGCAAAAGUAAUACUGGGGAGUUUUUUGUGUGAAGGUAUUCACCAAUGGAAUGUGUCUGCUGGUCCCAUUGGUUUACAUGGUGACGGUCUCGUUUUUAGUAUUUUUUAGAACAGACUACAUUGAUAAAUCUCCCACAUUGUGUUUCAAAAUAUAAAGCGAGGCCUUGCCUCCAAUAAAACCAACACCUCAACCUAAUAACGUAUCAAAUAAUAACAGCACCUUGGCCUGUAUCAUCUCUACACUAGGGGUUUUGAUAUAUGAAUAUGCUUUUGCAAAUAAGUUGGCUUUUUAAAGGGGCACUCUAAACACCAUAACCACUACAGCCUGUUGUUCCUGGCCCCACCCCACAAUUCUAUAUCAAACAUCUUGAAUAUUGCAACACAAACAGAGGCCCAGCUUCUUGGACAGAAUGUUGCUAUUGCAGACAUUACAGCCUCACAUUACCACUAUAGAUUUAGCCUCAACAAAGACAGUACUGAUUUUGCUAAUGAAGAAGUGCAACUUCCACAGCAGCAAUACAUGCCUUUCAACAGUCCCGGAUAUGGUGGGAUCGGCCUGAUUUGGGGGAACUGUCCUGCCAUCCAGGGUUACUUCCUGGUAUGCAGCAUACAGGGACAACAAGGAACUGUCCACAGCAAGUGCAGCAUGAGCACAUCGUAAGACGUGCUGCCUGUUCUGUGCUGAAUGGUGUCAGGACAUAACUGGGGCCAGAGGGAGGCUGUCUGUCGGUCUGGUGCACAUUCAUGUACCCAACCAUAAAGUGACCGUGUCAUCUAGGGCAUAUCAAAACAUGUGUUCUGAUUGGUCAAUGUCAUCUCUGCAACUCCAAACAACAUGAGGUGGUCGCCUAGAUUCUAGGCGACCUCAUGUUGUUUGGAGUUGCAAAGAUGACGUUGACCAAUCAGAACACAUAUGAACCCAUAUAAAGCCUGUUUAGGGCCUUACUCAUUGCCCUAUUGUAGUUUCUGUUUGGUUACAUGUUUAGUGUUACAAGUGACUCUCUUGUGUAUUCCUGUUAAUGACGUUGGCUUCGUUUUGACUUUAAGAACUUCUAUAUUCCCGAUCUGGCUUGUAUAUUGACCUGUAUAUUUCUAUAUUCCUGACCUGGCUUGUAUAUUGACCUGUAUAUUUCUAUAUUCCUGAUCUGGCUUGUAUAUUGACCUGUAUAUUUCUAUAUUCCCGAUCUGGCUUGUAUAUUGACCUGUAUAUUUCUAUAUUCCCCAUCUGGCUUGUAUAUUGACCUGUAUAUUUCUAUAUUCCCGAUCUGGCUUGUAUAUUGACCUGUAUAUUUCUAUAUUCCCCAUCUGGCUUGUAUAUUGACCUGUAUAUUUCUAUAUUCCCGAUCUGGCUUGUAUAUUGACCUGUAUAUUUCUAUAUUCCCCAUCUGGCUUGUAUAUUGACCUGUAUAUUUCUAUAUUCCCGAUCUGGCUUGUAUAUUGACCUGUAUAUUUCUAUAUUCCCCAUCUGGCUUGUAUAUUGACCUGUAUAUUUCUAUAUUCCCGAUCUGGCUUGUAUAUUGACCUGUAUAUUUCUAUAUUCCCGAUCUGGCUUGUAUAUUGACCUGUAUAUUUCUAUAUUCCCCAUCUGGCUUGUAUAUUGACCUGUAUAUUUCUAUAUUCCCCAUCUGGCUUGUAUAUUGACCUGUAUAUUUCUAUAUUCCCGAUCUGGCUUGUAUAUUGACCUGUAUAUUUCUAUAUUCCCGAUCUGGCUUGUAUAUUGACCUGUAUAUUUCUAUAUUCCCGAUCUGGCUUGUAUAUUGACCUGUAUAUUUCUAUAUUCCCGAUCUGGCUUGUAUAUUGACCUGUAUAUUUCUAUAUUCCCGAUCUGGCUUGUAUAUUGACCUGUAUAUUUCUAUAUUCCCGAUCUGGCUUGUAUAUUGACCUGUAUAUUUCUAUAUUCCCGAUCUGGCUUGUAUAUUGACCUGUAUAUUUCUAUAUUCCCCAUCUGGCUUGUAUAUUGACCUGUAUAUUUCUAUAUUCCCCAUCUGGCUUGUAUAUUGACCUGUAUAUUUCUAUAUUCCCGAUCUGGCUUGUAUAUUGACCUGUAUAUUUCUAUAUUCCCGAUCUGGCUUGUAUAUUGACCUGUAUAUUUCUAUAUUCCUGAUCUGGCUUGUAUAUUGACCUGUAUAUUUCUAUAUUCCUGAUCUGGCUUGUAUAUUGACCUGUAUAUUUCUAUAUUCUUGAUCUGGCUUGUAUAUUUCUAUAUUCCUGACCUGGCUUGUUUCUCGUGUAUCCGUACUUCUGAAUUCCUGAUCUGGGCUAUUCUUGACUUUGAUCCUAUCUUUUAUUAUGUUACGUCCUGUCACUCCAAGGCCCAGUAAUACGGCUUUUUGAACCAUCGUUUUUGGACCCUUGUUUUGUUAAAGUAAGGUUAUCCGUGACAGCAAUACAAUAGGCAGCCACCCCACAUAUGCAACCCCACAAGCAGAAUCUCAACAAACCUGCAUUAACGCAUCCAAACACAAAUCCUAAACUUUUGCAUAUAUGUAUGUGGUAUAUAUAUAUAUAUAUAUAUAUAUAUGGGGUGAGGUGCAUUGAGGGUUAAUCUGGCACUGAGUAUGUUCAUCCAUGAUAUUAAAAUAUAAAUCAGAAACAAUAUCAAACUUAUGGUGUGACAUAAUCGAAUCCUGUUCUUUGUGAAUAGCCAGAAUAUAGUCAAUAAUAUUCCUUUCUAUUGCCACCCUCCCCCCCAAAUAUAACCAUUUAAUUAAAUUGCCUUUGCUGUAAUACUUUGCCAUUGAAUCAACUUGGGGUCGAUAGCAGGCUGAAUACCAGCUGCAUUGAAUAACAUUUUUCAGCUAAAUCUUUUCACAGGUUAUGUUGCUAAUAUAAUCACCCAUUCAGGAACUACCCUCACCCUAGAUUUAGUUAUAGAACACACUUCCCAGCAUAGAAAGAAAUAACUGAUAAUCCAAGGUCAAUUUAUUCAGAUCAUCCCUAGAUGUCUAUGGUAGCAUGGCAACAGUAGACAAUCUUACUUAACAGAUGUUAAAUUGCCCUUGUUUAGAUAAGGUAGAAAUUGUAUAAUUAACUUUGGUGUUUUCUGUGGUUAAUUUGUCUGUUAAUAAGAUGACUAGGUUUUGAGGGCUUUGUGUUAAAGGACCACUAUAGUGCCAGGAAAACAAACUCGUUUUUCUGGCACUAUAGUGUUAAUAGGUCCCCCAACCAGGGCCGGACUGGGAAGAAAAUUCGGCCCAGGCAUUUUUUAAUUACAGCGGCCCACUAAAAAGGGGGCGGGCCAGAAAGGGUGUGUUUUGUCAUCACCAAUGACAAGCACGCCCCGUCACAAAGUGAGCAUGUUGGUUCAAUGCUCUUCCAGGGUAGACCAUGCGCAGAGCUCUGCUGAAGAGCUCUGGCAUGAGAAAAAUACCCUGUAUUUGUUCUGCACAGCGCAAGCAAACUUAAUUACAUGCUUGCACUGUGUUUGCUUGAAAUUUGUCUCUGGUGUCUCCAUAGUUGGGAUACCAGGAGACAAAAAUGCCAGGAAAGCAUAUUGCGCAGUGUGUGUGAGGGUGCUCUGUGUGUGUGUGUGUGUGUGUGUAAGGGGUGUAGUGUGUGUGAGUGAUGGGUGCUGUGUUUGCGUGAGGGUGCUAUGUGGGUAAGGGUGCUGUGUGUGUGAUGGAUGCAGUGUGUGUGCUGUGUGUGAGUGGGUGCUGUGUUUGCAUGAGGGUGCUAUGUGCAUGUGAGGAAGCUGUGUGUGAGGGUGCAGUGUAUGCAUGUGAGGAAGCUGUGAGUGUCAGGGGUGCAGUGUGUGUAAGUGAGGGUGGGUGAUGUGCGUGUCAGGGGUGCAGUGUGUGUGCUGUGCGUGUCAGGGGUGCAAUGUGUGUGUGUGAGGGUGCUGUGAGUGUUAGGGGUGCAUUUUGUGUGUGCUGUGAGUGUCAGACGUGUAGUGUGUGAGUGUCAGGGGUGCAGUGCGUGUCAGGGGUGCAGUGUGUGUGUGAGGGUGCUGUGAGUGUCAAGGGUGCAGUCUGUGUGCUGUGAGUGUCAGGUGUGCAGUGUGUGUGUGAGGGUGCUGUGAGUGUCAGGGGUGCUGUGUGUGUGCUGUGUGUGUCAGGGGUGCAGUGUGUGUGUGUGAGGGUGCUGUGAGUGUUAGAGGUGCAUUGUGUUUGUGCUGUGUCAGACGUGCAGUGUGUGUGAGGGUGCUGAGAGUGUCAGGGGUGCAGUGUGUGUGCUGUGUGUGUCAGGGGUGCAGUGUGUGUGUGUGAGGGUGCUCUGAGUGUUAGGGGUGCAUUGUGUGCGCUGUGCGUGUCAGGGGUGCAGUGUGUGUGUGAGGGUGCUGUGAGUGUUAGGGGUGCAUUUUGUGUGUGCUGUGAGUGUCAAACGUGCAGUGUGUGUGUGAGGGUGCUGUGAGUGUUAGGGGUGCAUUUUGUGUGUGCUGUGAGUGUCAAACGUGCAGUGUGUGUGUGAGGGUGCUGUGAGUGUUAGGGGUGCAGUGUGUGUGUGUGAGGGUGCUGUGAGUGUUAGGGGUGCAUUUUGUGUGUGCUGUGAGGGUCAGACGUGCAGGGGGUGUGUGAGUGUGCUGUGAGUGUCAGGGGUGCAGUGUGUGUGCUGUGAGUGUCAGGAGUGCAGUGUGUGUAAGUGAGGGUGCUGGGAGUGUUAGGGGUGUCUGUGAGGCUGCUGUGACAUGAGUGAUUAUAUCCCCCCUCCCUGCUUACCUUAUGACUGGGAGGGGAGAUCCUACUGCUGGGGCUGCCAUCCCUGGUGGUCCUAGUGGUGAGUGAACUCUAGCCUGUUGGGCUAGAGUUCACUCUCGCGAGACCCAGAGCGUUGCCAUGGCAACGCUCCGAAUCUCGCGAGAGGAACCCGGCGGAGCUGUAAGUUAAAGCUCCGCCGGGUUCCUCUCCUGGCAGGCUGGCUCCCUCCCUCUCUCCCCCGGCGGCCGCACUAUCCUGCAUGUGGGCCGGUGAGGGAGAUCUCUGAUCUCCCCACCGGCCCACUGUAGACUACUGCAGGGCCGGCGCUCAGAUAGCGCCGGCUCUGCAGAGACCGGCAGGAGAGAUCCUGUGAUCUCCCUGCCGGCCCCGGCCCCACGGCCCACCGGGCAUUUGCCCGGUGUGCCCGAUGGCCAGUCCGGGCCUGCCCCCAACCCUCAUGGCCCCCCUCCUGCCGGGCUCCAGGUGGAGGAAGGGGAUAAAUUCUUACCUUUCUCCAGUGCCGGGCUCCUUCGGCGCUGGGGACUCUCCUCCCUCUUCCGCCGAAUGCGCAUGCGCGGCAAGAGCCGCACGCACAUUCAGUCAGUCCAUAGAAAAGCAUUCUCAAUGCUUUCCUAUGGACCCUGGCGUCUUCUCACUGUGAAAAUCACAGUGAGAAGCGCGGAAGCGCCUCUAGCGGCUGUCAAUGAGACAGCCACUAGAGGCUGGAUUAACCCUAGUGUAAACAUAGCAGUCUCUCUGAAACUGAUAUGUUUACAGCUGCAGGGUUAACCCUAGAUGGACCUGGCACCAAGACUACUUCAUUGAGCUGAAGUAGUCUGGGUGCCUAUAGUGGUCCUUUAAUGUGGUUAAUAAUCUAGAACCUAGGGGACUGACGCCAGCAGGGUUAGUAACUAAUUUGAGAAUUGUCAGGAAUUUAAAGUGAAUUUCAAAUUUAAAGGGACACUGUAGUCACCAAAACAACUUUAGCUUAAUGAAGCAGUUUUUGUAUAUAGAUCACGCCUCUAAAGUUUCACUACUUACUUCUCUGCCAUUUAGGAGUUAAAUCACUUUUAUUUCUGCUUAUGUAGCCCUAGCCAAAUCUCCCCUGGCUGUGACUGACACAGCCUGCAUGAAAACAAAAUGAAUUCAGUUGCAAUCAGAUGUAAUUUAAUUUAAAAGUUUUUAUCUCCUGCUCAGUAUUUAGAAUUUUAAUUGCACACAGGAGGCUCCUGCAGGUUCUAGUAAGCUAUUACCAGCGCAGGAGAUAAGACCAUCUAAAUUAAACAGAAUUUGCAAUAAAGGAAGUGUAAACAUUAGAUGACUCUUUGCAGGAAGUGUUUAGUAAGGCUGUGUAAAUCACAUGCAGGGAGGUGUGCCUUGGGCUGCAUAAAGAAAGUGAUUUAAUUCCUAAAUUAUAGAGAAUUGAGCAGUGAGAUUGCAGGGGCAUCAUCUAUACACCAAAACUGCUUCAUUAAGCUAAAGGUUUUUUUUGUGUGACUAUUAUAUCCCUUUAGGGCCAAAGAAGCCAAACCAGAUGCAUGGAGAAUAUUUUUUUCCUGUUUAUUAGAAUUUUAAAUGUUAAAUUAAUUUUGAAUUCACUCAGAAUUCCAGACAAUUCUAACCUUAGUGAAUAACCUUUCUGGUAUCAAUUAUACACAAUUUAGAAAUAAACAAGGGUCCAAUACAAACCAUUGCCUGGAAAUCCAUAUACUGUACAUAGGACACAAGGUCACGCAUUUAGAAUGGAAGAAAGGAGAUAUAGUCUAAGGCAAAGGAAAGAGGUUGGUAUUUUUUGCAGUAAGAACACUAAGGAGAUGGAAGUUCUCUGCCUGAAGAAGUGGUUUUAUCAGAGUCUUUACAUAUAUUUAAACAGCAACUGGAUGCAUAUUUGCAAAAACAUAAUAUUCAAGGAUAUACAUUUUUAGUUUGAGGGGUAAUAGCCUCUUGAUCCAAGCAGAGAUCUGACUGCCAUUCUGGGGUCUAAAAGUGCUUCAGACUGGGUUUUUUGCCUUCUUUUGGAUCAACAGCAAAAACAGAUGGGAGAAAGACUGAACUUAAUGGACGCAUGUCUCAACAAGGCUUAAUUUUCAUGAAUCCCUGAUAUAUACAUUGUAUGACCUAUGUCUACAUUAAAAUGCUCUUGACUAUGUGUCCAGUAGGUAUUUGUUACAUUGUCAGGCGAGCAAAAGUUUUACCAAUAGCAAACAAUAAUAGUAUGAAAGUAGUAAAAUGGGUACUUUCUUCUCCUACUCUUAGAAAACUUGGCAAAUCUAGUAGCACAGUAAAGGGUUAACUCUAGCUAUAUAACCCAGGAUCCUCAAAGGAGGGCUUUUUGCCCAAACUAAGGCUUUCUUUCCAAACUAGGCCGAAGGUUUAUGACACUAUUUAGGGAACGUGAGCCCACACGAGAGGUUACUGUAGAGCAAGACGGAUGUAAAUUGCUCAAGAUUUAUUAGUCAGAAAAGACGUCAUUUGCAUUUAACAGUUGUUGUUUUUUGACACGGUUUUCUUUUUUGCUGACUAACAUAAUACCCACCACCGUAUGUGUUGCUGUACGUUUCCCUCCUCCUACCAGCUUUUCCCUCACACAGUCUCUGCCUGUUUCUUUAUGUCCUUUAUUUCACUUUUCUCCAAAGUCUAACAAAUUUUGUUUCAACUUCUACCCCUGUGGGAGGGAAAGAGUAAAGGACAGAUGACAUGCGAUAUUCACUAACGUGAUCAAGUCCGCCAUUUUUUCCUGAUAUUUGUGUUUUUAUAUGUCUUUUCCAAGUUGUACCAGGGUGUGAUGCUCUUAUCAAUUUCAGAUCUGUAUUUGUAGAAUUGUCAGGUUUGAAUAACAAGUCCUGGGACAGAAAUGGUUAAUUAACAGAUCAGUUUGGAGAUAUUAAUAACCCCUUCACCCAGGCAGGGGGAUAGGAGAUGUAUUUAGAUGCCCUCCUACCCCCUGCGGCGGCAGCACGCUGAACUGUAGAUGUAAUUAUGCGGAGAUGUGGGAUUGAAAUUCAUGGUGUCACCACAAGAUACCCUGGACUAAUUUCCUAACUGAUUCCUGAUUAAGACGAUCCGAUCUAUUCAAAGCAGUGUGUCAGUUACUUAUCUAAGGUGGCCUGGGGACACUUUGUAACACUGAGCAGCACUCACAAAUGGAUAAAGGAGAGGGAGAGGUAUGAUAUACAUCACAAUCUGGCUGUGAUACUCUAAGAAAGAGCGAGAUCUUAUGGCUAACAGGGUAAAUACAGAUGACAAACUAAUAUCAACAUGGGGCUAGUGUUGAGCACUUGGUCCGAAAUACAAAACAACGGUAGAAUUGUUGCAAAUGAUGCUGCAUAUGCAAUAGUUAUUAAAAUAAUAAAUGGCGCAAGAUACCUACAAUGUAGACAACGCAAUGAAAAAAUAUUAUUGCAUCCUCAGUCCCAGUGAGCAAUAAUUUUAUCCAAAAAGAGACAGCUGACAGCAUUUCACUCAUGGUGGUCAAUAAGGUGUCUUGAGAACCAGCUGUUAUAAAAGUGACACUUGCGAAUCUGCCUAAAUAAAAGAUGUGUUCCAAAAACAAAGGUGUGUUAGAACAUUCGUUACAUGGUAAUCUAGGUUGGAAAAAAAACUAAAGUCCAUCAAGUUCAAUGUUUAUGCUGUUGAUACAAAAAACAUCACAAAAAGGUAACUGUAUAUAGAGACACACUAUACAGUGUGUAUAAAGUGAAAGCACAAAAACCCAGUCGCAGCCAUUUCCAAUAAUGCCACAAAAAGGGGGUGGGGGGUGGGGAGAGAAUACCUUUUGACUCCAUAAUAGCAAUUAGAUUUCUCCUUGGAUCAACAACCUGUUCACAUACAUAUCCAUUAAAUUUCUUGAAUAUUCGGUUUAUGCAGAAAAGCAUCCAAGCCUUUUUUUUUUUUUUUUAAACGUAUCUGUAAAAUCUGAUAACACAACCUCUUUAGGCAGAGAAUUCCACAUAUUUAUUGUUCUUACUGUAAAGAACCCUUUCCUCUGCUGUAAGUGAAAACGCUUUUCUUCCAGUCUCAUGGGUGACCUCUCUGUUGUAUAUUCCUGUUAAUGAACAGGUUAGCACAUCGCCAAUUUGUACUGACGCUGUGUUUAUUUGUUAAGUCAUGGAAAAUGGAUCACGUUAAACUCAUAUUUAUUUGCAGGAUGUGGUGUUAUUACUUUCUCAUAUUUCAAUGCUCAUUUUAGUUCAUGUAUCCAUGCACUCAUGCCACACCAAAGCAAAAAUAGGCCAGAAUACAAAUUUACAAUGACAUAUUGCACAUUCUUCCCAUUAAAUCUCUCCUUUCCCAAAUGCCACAUAUUCUCUGCAAUAUUUCAUACUGCUUCUCUAUUGUGCCAUUGUUCUAGUUAAAAAUGUCUUUAUAUUAUGACUCAUGUUUCGCUAACAUACACACCAUUUUUUGUGUCCAUCUUUCCUAAUACAUUUUUCACUCUCCAUUUCUCUCACCACAGAUUUUAUUGGGACCUAAUUAUGCUUCUCCUCAUGGUUGGAAAUUUGAUUAUCCUUCCAGUGGGCAUAACGUUCUUCAAGGAUGAAAACACCCCUCCAUGGAUCGUGUUUAAUGUCCUGUCAGACACGUUCUUCUUGGCGGAUCUAGUGCUAAAUUUCCGAACUGGGAUUGUGGUGGAAGAUAACACAGAAAUCAUUCUGGAUCCGCACACCAUUAAGAUGAAAUAUUUGAAAACAUGGUUUUUGGUGGACUUCGUGUCCUCCAUCCCUGUGGACUACAUCUUCCUUAUUGUGGACUUGGAGACAAGGGUGGAUUCUGAGGUGUACAAGACUGCUCGGGCCCUUCGGAUUGUGAGAUUCACCAAAAUUCUUAGUCUUUUACGGCUUUUACGACUUUCUCGUCUCAUCCGUUACAUCCACCAGUGGGAAGAGGUAAGACUAGUUUGCCAUACCAUCGCUGAAUGGAAGUGAGAGUGCAAUGUCAGAACUUGAGGCUUGUCUGUAAACUUCAAUAACUAAACCUCCAACUGAUGAAUUAUUAAGACAAUGACAAGAGAUGUGUUAUAGAUUGUAAAUCCCAAUUAUACACUUUUCAGCUUUUCAUUAUUAGGACCAUUGCUAAACCUUUAGAUUUAAGAGUCAUUAUAAAAUCUUCAACAUGUAGGUCCUAGCAGUAAAUUUACUGCCAAUCCCUCCCUCUUCACCCAUUACUAAACACCCACUGGAUAAUGCCAUCUAAUCCACUUCUAUGUUCUUCAACUGGGCUUAAAAUACAACCCAACACACCAUCACAGUGUUCUCUUACUCAUCAUGCAUUUAGAAUAAUUGUGAACAAAGAGACUUCUCCCUCGAGUCAAUACCGUGUAUUGACUCGGGUUGUUCCAGAGUAGUGUUCUGUUCACCCUACCCUCUUCUAUCAUUUACCAGAUUUUCCACAUGACCUACGACCUGGCGAGUGCCGUGGUACGGAUCUUCAAUCUCAUUGGUAUGAUGCUUUUGCUCUGUCAUUGGGAUGGCUGCCUCCAGUUCCUCGUUCCCAUGUUGCAGGACUUUCCCGAAGACUGCUGGGUCUCGAUCAACCAGAUGGCGGUGAGUAAAUAACUGCCAACCCAAUCUCUAAGUCAAUGUUAAAUAUUGAGUGGAGCUACCACCACCAAUCUGUAGGAUGUUCUAAUGCCCAGAUAUAAAUGGAUUUGUGCAAUCUUAACUAAAUCUUAUAUUAGGAAGAUGUAAAAGUAUGUGUGUGUAACCUCAAUGGGUUUCUCCAUUCUCCAGUUUUGACGUAGUCAUCUUGUGUAUUAUGGGUUCUUGUCAAAGGCAGCUCUCAAUGUCUAUUCCAUUGUGACCAAACACAAUGUGUAUCUGUAUUACUUCUUGACACAUAUCACUAUAUGGCAACUUAGAAUCACAAACCAGGCUCUGACUCAUACAUGUCAGCCAUUCAUGAAUUUUCAUUCACACCGCACAACAAAUAACAACUGGUUUAAACCUAUAUGACCCUUUGAUCCCACUUUGAUCUUUGAGGGUUUUACCCCUGAGCUAACUACUUUGUUGUAUUUGUGAUCUGGCUUUUAUUUUCAUUAGUUUUGAUCUUGGGUUUCUUGAUAAUUUAUGAUUUGUUGCUUAAACCAUCCCUUGGCGUUUUAUGCUUUAAUUCCACUUCCCCUGAUUUUACUUAGAUCCUGUGUCAAACUAGUUAGGUUUGCCUUUGAGGUGCAUGUGGUUACAGCUAUUCUAAAACUACAAUACUCCCUCCAUACCUUUUGUCUGUCUGUGGACCACUUAAUUGUGUUGCAUCUCCUAUAUUCCGCAUAUUGGAGUCCCUCAAAUAUUUGAAACCUGAUCCGUCGGAAUAUGAAAAGAAGAAAAAGAAUAGUUUUUCUAGGCUCUUCCUUUUCCUUUUCAAAAGUGAGAACGCUGAGAUGCCUAAAAUAUCAUGCAGAAAUAAAUAUAGCAUAAUAAAAAAAAGUGUAAAGACACAAAAUGUCACAUGUAGUGUCAUAGUGUUAUUCACUAGACCCGGACGUACAGCAAAUUCAACUCUGAAUGGGAAAAUUUAGGCAAAUAAAAUAAGACCUUCAACUCGGCCAUAGUCACAGAUUGCAUAUAUGAUCCUCAAUUCUGCCAUUCUAAAGUUAAUUCGCUAAAAUUCAUAGUACAGCCCAGUGGUUCUUAAACCAGUCCCCAAGGCACCCCCACCAGUCCAGGAUUUAUGGAUUACCCAGUUGUGUCUAAGGUGUUUUAUUUUUAUUUUUUCCUAAAAACAUCUUAGACACAGCAUGGUAAUCCAUAAAUCCUGGACUGAUAGAGAUGCCUUGAGGACUGGUUUGGGAACCACUGGAAGAGCCAAUAGCUCUGUCAAUAUAAUUUAGUAUUAUCCUACUUCUCAUUUCAUUAUUAUUAUUAUAUUUAUAUAGCGCCAUCAGAUUCCGUAGUGCUGUACAAUGGGUCAACUACAAGAAUCCGAUGUGAGAUAAAGAUGUAAAUGGCAGAACUACUAAAUAUAUUACUACAGAGGACAUUAAAAAAAUACUGCUUAUAUUAUAGAAAGGUUCUAAAGUAAAUUUAAAGAAGGUUACCAUAACAAACUGUGACCAUGUACCAGGAGAUCAAUACUUAGUCCAGUUAUAUUUGGGAUUCCACUGCCUUUAAUUAUGCCAAUGGUCAAUAUGUUCUCUUUCUUUAUAAUUAUUAAAAUCACCACAAACAUUUGGAUAAAGUAACAUAAAUACACAUGCACACAUACAGUGAUUACAAGCUAUUGCAUUAGGAUCAUCACACAGACCGAUUCGUUUAAUUGCACCCUGAAAUGUUCCCCUGUUACUAGUUAAUUAGUUCUCGGCAAACAAGAGAAAUUAAUUGAAAGGGAGCCAAGAAAGAAAGACUUGGAAUGAUUUUCUGCGCAGAAUUCUGAUCUAAACACUUCUCGAAGACCGUAUUCAGCCAGAUGUCUCGCUAUCUGCUCCCCCUCAUUCCUGGCUCGGUCUCACUGUCCCUUGGAGACUUGCCAAAACACUAUGUACCAAGACAAGGCUCCGUUUACUGCUGACAAAUCUUCAAUAAUACAUGGCCUAGUCAGAUCUACUAACUCCAAAAUACAGCAAUGUUAUUGCCACUGGAUCUGCCUUUGUUUGAUCCACUGAAAGAUGGCAGGCCGAAUGGCUUGCCAACGCUCACUUAAGCCAUUGCGAAUUUUGAUUAAUCGAGCUACAAAAAAGUUUAGCAAAACCUCUUUUCACAAUUUGCUUUAAAUAUACUUAGAAGAAGUAAAAUGUAGCAUUUCUGUAGCGUAUGAUGACGUAUUUAUUAUGGAAUGCUUUACAUUAGGAUUUUUUUUUAAACUAUCUGCGCCCCCCAUUUGUCUUCAAAAACUGUACUAUGUCUAAACCAUGUAUUAUAACCUACAUUUGCUUGUGGAAGUGGAUUAUGAACGCCUAGUUGGCAAAGGAACUUUCUUACAUAGCCAUAUUUGCAGGUAUACAUAUUUAUAUUGUGUUUACAUUACAUGUUAACAGCAAAGAUUGAACGCUAUACAAACCUAUCAGUUGAAUAGGAAGAGCAGAGCAUUCUGGGAAAUAUCUCCCCAGCACAUACACUAGGACAGGGAAAGGCAACCUUCGGCACUCCAGAUGUUGUGGACUACAUCCCCCAUAAUGCUCUUAUAUCCAUAAUGCCAGCAAAGCAUCAUAGGAGGUGUAGUCCAAAACAUCUUGAGUGCCGAAGGUUGAAUAUGCCUGCAAUAGGAAGUGAAAGGGCAUGGAGUCAUACAAAUUUAGGGUAAAAAUAUGGUUACCAGAGUCACUAUGUUUUCAUGGACACAUAUAAUGUAUACAUAUUGAUGGGCAGCACAUGAAAAAGGUUGCCCCGAAGUAUGUAGAACUCAGAAGAAGGUGUAUAAGAUGUAGUAAUUAGGCAAUGAGGAAUCCUGUAGAAUAUGCAUUAUACAUAGUGCAGGGCAACUGGUUUUUAUAAGCAUGACAAACUGAUAUGUGUCCCUGAAAACAUGGAAUUGGUAAUCCUAGUAAAAAAAAAACCCUGCUUUCACUCACCUUAAUUCCAGUACCAAGGUCCAUUUGCAGUGGCUCAGUCGACAGCCACUAGACUCGAGGAUGUCUUGACCCCCUGAAAUUACAAUGUUUUCACUUGCAGGGUUAAAGGCACACGCCAGAUCCCUAAAAACACUUUAGCUUGCUGAAAAGCUUUAUGUGUGAAGAGUGUGUCCUCUUUUUUUUAUUUUGAAAAAAGUGCAGGUUUCAAUACAAAUUUACACUUUUAUGAAUUAACCUGAUUACACCCCUUGACUUUCAAGCAUACAAUUACAUUUGGAAGUCUGUGAUUGGACAGUCGCAUAAAGUCUGGGCGGGGUUAGAAGGGGAGGGUUUGUAAAGCCAGCAGACAAGAGAUUUGCAGUUUUUGCAAGUUGUUUUUUAAACAGAACAACAAUUUUAAAAAAAUGCAUAAUGAAAUGUUACAAAUCAAGUUUUCAUUUGGGAUAUAUCUUUUUUUUAUAUAUUUUGUAUUUGGGCAGUCGAUUGUUCCUUUGCGUUUAAGUCAUCUGUUGUUCAUAUUGAACUGGUUAACUUUUAAGUUCCACUACGUUUAAGGCCAAAGCAGACAAACUGGUCUACUGUGCUUCCAGUUUGAUUAUUUUGGCCUUAAUGUUUAAAUUCACCUUGCACCAAGAUUCUGCUGAGUUUAUAAUUUGAUGUGGACCAUCAGGGAUUGAUAUUACUGAUAUUUACCCACGCUUAUCCCAAGCCCCCAGCUCAGAAUAUAAAUGUACACUAAAACUCUAUAAUGCACUUUCUCUGGAUUGGAAACUGACAGCACAGAAAAACAUAAUGAUAAACCUGCAAAUGACUUUUAACCCUUUGUCUCCAGGGAAGUAAGACGAAGAAAUGAUUGGGGAGCAUUGGGAUCUCAUUAAUAAGCACAGCUGAGUCUAAUUAGAUAACAGGCAGGAUGACAGUAUAUGUCACUCAAAGUCACACAGCGGCUGGUGUUAAAAUAGGUACCAACGCAGUGGUUCAACACAGAAUUGUCUGCUUCUCUAGAGAAGAUUGGGUUAUAGCCAGGAUCCUUUUAGCAGUAAUCUUGUGUUUUUUAAGGAAGGGGAAUAAUUUGAUUUUAUAUAUAUAUUUGCAGGUGUGAAAAGGAAAGGUUUAAUCACUGUGAUGCAGGUGGCAAUCUCUAGGGAAAGGGUAGGGCUACAUGUUUAGAUAGAAAAUAUUAAUCUUGUGUGUCACAACCAUUCUCAAGUGUGAUUGUCAGGCGGGAGGAAAUAGUUUCUCUCUUAUCACACGUUGGAGAUGCACCACAGCUUCCUAUACACACAUCACUUUUACUGUAAAUACCGCCCUGUAAUGUGUGCUAUGCAGAACUGCCCAUUUCAUUAAUUGAUUUCCCUUCUUUAGCAUAGGAAGACUACACAGAGGUGCAUAUUAACGCAGGCAGAACUUUUCAUGUGCAUCCCAUCAGCAUGAAUGUCAUGUCAAGAGUGUGGAUCACAACCUUCUACCACAGAACACUAAGGAGAUUUAAGAAAGCCACACAGAUAUAUUUGAGAUAUUUUUGGUGUAGGGAGUGUUCGGAUUUUCAUGCUGUAACUAUUGUUUUUUGAAUAUAAGCCAUUUUUUCUUCAACAAAAUAGAUUUAUCGAUCAUUCCGUCACUUUUUCCAUCCAAAAUGUGUUUUUUUUUCCCUUCCCUUUUUUCUGCUGCUCUAAAUUUGUUGGUCCUGUCUGCAAGUGAGAUUUCUUUAAAUAAUGGUGGAAUUUAGGUAGAAGGAAAAAAAAAUAAAAAAAUUUUUGGAACAAUUUAAUGAAUAUGAACAGAGCACGGAUAAAACAAAACAUAAAAGCCACUUUUCAAUAUACUUUGAUAAUUCCCCCCCACUAUGUCUGUCCAAUCAGAAUGAGGCAGAACUGAGACUACAUUUUCUGUGGUCCAUACAAAGGGCUCAUCAAUAACAAAGUAAAGAAGUGCACUCCAAUAUGGCACAAACUGUCCACUAACCUUUAAUUUGGACACAGCUACACUUGGCAGACUCCCAUGUGUAAAGGGAAGUGUCCCUAAACUUCUACAUUGUGGGUGGGUAGGACAUGCUCCAGUAGUAUGCAGUAUUCAUAUGCUGCAGGAGGGGCAUCAAUUGACUAAUCAACACAGUUCAUUUGGGGCCCCUCCUUGACUAACAAAUUGACUUUCUUCCUACUUCAGGUCAGCACUAUUCAUGUAUUGCCCAUCAACCUACAGAAAUAACAGGUGCCAGAUAGCUUUUUCACUAAAGUGAAAAGUUUCUGGAUUUUAAAGUGAUUUUAAAAUUUAAGGCAAAAUUAGCGUAGCAGACUUGAAGUUCAGCUACUGUGGCCUUAGCUUUAAAAGUUCACUUUAUUCCCAACACUUCUCACUUUAGUGAGACUUCAGUAAACAUGAGGAAGAUUUAUCAAAAGGUUGUGUUCUAAAAAUAAAUGCUAAUAUUGUAAAAGUGGAGUACAGUAAUCACCAACAGACUGUGCCUCCUGGUCACAUUGGUUUCCGUGGUGAUUGCAUCACUUUUACAUGGUUAUUUACUUUUAAAGUGAAUUUCACAUUUAAGGUCAAAACAGCCAAUCCAGAUAAAUUCUCCCAUUCAGCUAUGCUUUCAGUUCGAUUACUUUGUCCCCCAAUUUGAAAUCCACCUACAAUUCCUUGAAAUUCACACAGAAUUCUGCGUAACCCUUUGAUAAAUCUCCCUCUGUGCACCAGUCAUCCCUUCUCCCAGCCAGAUUUUGCUUUGCAGCCAAUUGUACCCUUCUACUCCUCGAGACCUUCAAGAAGUCACUCUAAUUACCUACACUGUAAUAUUAUUGUGCUUUAAUGAACACAGCUCCAUUACAAAGUCAUCAUUUCUGACAUGCAGUAAUGACACAGACCCGUGUGACAGGAUACUGUACAGCUAAUGGAUUAUGUCAGUAAUUUAAAAGAUAAAUUAAGUCAUUCUAUGUAGACAAAUCAGAUCGAUGCAUAUGCUACAUAUGGGAGACAUCAGGACAUGUUGCACGUAAGACAUCACAGUACAUAAUAGUUUGUGUCACAUACAGUACAUAAUUACACAAAAUAAAAGUGACAUUAUACACUUGGACACAUAGUAAUGAUGGAACGUAUAUGUGAUAUGCGUAAAUUGUAUAUAUAGAAACAUAAUGUGACGGCAGAUAAGAACCAUUCGGCCCAUCUAGUCUUCCCAAUUUUUAAAAAUACUUGCCUAUCCGACACAUGCUUAAACUCCUUUACUGUGUUAACCUCUACCAUUUUAGCUGGAAGGCUAUUCCAUGCAUCCACUACCCUCUCAGUAAAGUAAUACUUCCUGAUAUGAUUUUUACCCUUUGCCCCUCUAAUUUAAGACUAGGUCCUCUAGUUGUGGUAGUUUUUCUUCUUUUAAAUAUAGAAGUAUACGUGAUUCAUACAUUACCGGACACAGGACAGAUACUGGUACGAUAGAUAUUUCUAAUAAAAUGACUUGCUCUACACAUGAUCAACAUAAUUUCACAUUUGUCUGCCAAUUAACAGAAUGCAUUUUUCAGCUGCUCCGAGGUUCUUCCCAUUUCAUGUCACCUAUAGGUACGGUAAACCCUUCUAUGCAAGAGGCACGUCUUCUGCAUGCAAUGUAUGCUGGGUAAUAAUUAGCACUGCAUAUAGAAUGCACAGGAACACACCUAGCGCAUGUUAAGUGUGUGGAGUGAACUAUGUACAGGAUUAUUCAAUGAAGUGAGAAUUUCUGGGCAUUCAAAGUGUAUUGCCAGGGAAUUUUAAAAUUUAAGGCCAAAGUAGCCGAUGCUAACUUUUUUUUUUUUUUUUUACUUUGGCUAAUUUAAGCCUUAAAUUGUAAAUUCACUUUAAAUUCAUGACUAUUCUCACUUUCCUGAAGAACUCUGAUAUAGUACAGAAUUAUAUUUAUAAAGCAUCAGAAAACUAGACUGGUAAGCGAUUUGUUACCAAUCCACAAGGUCUAUCAAAUAGUAUAAAACUGCUCUUGUUAGAAUAUUGAAACAGUAACUCUCGCAGUGAAUUAUAUCAGAAGUGCUGGAUAGAUGUAACAAGAGGCUUACCGAUACUCCUUCACCUUACUGAUCUUAUAAAAGACUUCAGCGUUUCUGUAUAGAGGAAUGGUACAUGGUUAAACUAAAUAGAAAGAAAUACAAACAUCUCAGUGGUCCUACGUUUGUAUGCUACCUCAUAGAUCACCAGCUGUGUAUAUAUAUACUAUGUUAAACACUAAAUAGCCAUAGCCAGGAGUCAUUCAAUGAAUUCUGCCUGCUAAAAAUGCCCUAAAGGAAUCCCCAUCGUAGAGAGUAGUCCCUAUAGGUAUGCUUGAUAAAUCCUUAAAGGACCACUAUAGGCACCCAGACCACUUCAACUUUAAGAAGUGGUCUGGGUGCCAGGUCCAGCUAGGGUUAACCCCCCUUUUUUUUUUUUUUAUAAACAUAGCAGUUUCAGAGAAACUGCUAUGUUUAUAAAUAGGUUAAUCCAGCCUCUAAAGCCUCUAGUGGCUGUCUCAUUGACAGCCGCUAGAGGCGUUUGCGUGCUUCUCACUGAAAAUCACAGUGAGAAGACGCAAGCGUCCAUAGGAAAGCAUUAUGAAUGCUUUCCUAUGAGACUGGCUGAAUGCGCACGCAGUUCCUGCUGCGCAUUCAGCCGAAGAGGAGGAGAGGAGGCGGAGAGGAGGAGGAGAGCUCCCCGCCUGGCGCUGGAGAAAGAGGUAAGUUUAACCCCUUCCUCUCCCCAGAGCCCGGCGGGAGGGGGUCCCUGAGGGUGGGGGCACCCUCAGGGCACUAUAUCUUUUCCUGGCACUAUAGUCAUCCUUUAAACCAUAACAAAACAAGUGCCAAACUAAAAAGUGCCGUGGUUUAAAAUAAAAAAGUCAUGAAGCCUGCCUGACGCGCAUUUCGGCGCUACUGAAACGCCUUUGUCUUAGACACUCUCUACGAUGGGGAUUCCUGUAGGGCAUUUUUAGCAGGCAGAAUUCAUACAGCGCUACGGAAUCUGAUGGCGCUAUAUAAAUAAUAAAAUAAUAAUUGAGCGACUCCUGGCUAUGGCUAUUUAGUGUUAAACAUAGUAUAUAUAUACACACAGCUGGUGAUCUAUAAGCAGGGCCGUCUUUAACGCGGGGCAAACGGGGCAGCUGCCCCGGGCCCUGUCCCUGCUGGGGGGCCCGAGGUAACUACCCUGUUUGCCCUCUGCCCACAAACUAUGGUGGCCCAUCGGGUGGCCCAUGCACUUAGGGCCACCCGGUGGGCCUGUGUCAGCAGGGGCCCGGUCGGGCGCUGUGGCGCUUUAACAGCGCGACCGGGCCCUUGCUUUUCGGCAGCACUGGGAGGAAGUGACAGCCGUGCGUCACUUCCUCCCACAGAAACAGGAGCCGCGCGGGAGGAAGGCGGACCAGCUGUUCCGGAGGGGGCCAGGCCGGGAGCUUAACUCCCAGCCAGCCCACUGGACCCCAGGGAAGCCACCCUCCAGGAAAAGGUAAGAAACUGGAGGGUGGUUAUCAAAGUCUGUCAGUGUAUCUGUAUGUCUGUGUGUGUGAGAGUCUGUCAGUGUCUGUGUGGUUCAGUAUGUCUGUAUGUGUGUAUGUCUGUCAGUGUGUCAGUAUGUCUGUGUGUGAGUCUGUCAGUGUCUGUGUGUAUGUGUGUUUCAGCAUGUCUGUCUGUCUGUGUGCCAGAAUGUCUGUCUGUGUGCCAGAAUGUCUGUCUGUGUGCCAGUAUGUCUGUCAGUGUGUCAGUAUGUCUGUGUCUGUGAGUCUGUCAGUGUCUGUGUGUUUCAGUAUGGCUGUCUGUGAGUUUCAAAAUGUCUGUAUGUGUGUAUAUCUGUCAGUGUCUGUGUGUUUCUGUCUGUGUCUGUGUGUGUGCCAGAAUGUGUGUAUGUCUGUCAGUAUGUCUAUGUGUGAGUCUGUCAGUGUGGUUCUGUAUGUCUGUGUUUGUCAAUAUGUCUGUCAAUGUCUGUGUGUAUGUGUGUUUCAGUAUGUCCGUCUGUCUGUGUGUAUAUGUGCCAGUAUGUCUGUCAGUGUAUCUGUAUGUCUGUGUGUGUGAGAGUCCAUCAGUGUCUGUGUGGUUCAGUAUGUCUUUGUGUAUGUGUGUUUCAGUAUGGUUUUCUGUGUGUGAGUCUGUGUCAGUACGUCUGUCAGAAUGUGUCUCUGUAUCUGUAUGUUGUCCAUUUGUAUUUGUGUGUGUAUCUGUAUGUGUCAGUGUUUGUAUCUGUAUAUCUGCAUGUGUGUCAGGUUGUGUAUCUAUAAGUAGUCAGUGUGUGUACCUUUGUAUCUGCAUGUAUGUCAGUGUUUGUAUCUGUGUGUGUGUCAGUGUAUCUAUAUGUAGUCUGUGUGUAUCUGUAUGUUCUUGUGUGUAUCUAUAUGUGGUCAGUGUGUAUCUGCAUGUGUGUCAGGUAGUGUAUUUGUGUGUAUCUAGACGUAGUCACGGGGCCCAAGUAAAUGCUCGCCCAGGGUCCAAUCUAAAUUAAAGACGGCCCUGUCUAUAAGGUAGCAUACAAACGUAGGACCACUGAGCUGUUUGUAUUUCUUUCUAUUUAGUUUAACCUUGUACCAUUCCUCUAUACAGAAACGCUGAAGUCUUUUAUACGAUUAGUAAGGUGAAGGAGUAUCGGUUUACACUUUAAGCCUCUUGUUACAUCUAUCCAGCACUUCUGAUAUAAUUUACUGCGAGAGUUACUGUUUCAAUAUUCUAACAAGAGCAGUUUUAUACUAUUUGAUAGACCUUGUGGAUUGGUAACAAAUCGCUACACAGUCUAGUUUUCUGAUGCUUUAUGUAUCUAAUAUUAUAGACCGUUUGACUAUACAAGAUACAUAAUUUUCAUUCCUUUUACAUAUUGGCAUUGUACACGAAUCUCUACCUUAUAUUCGCUAUUUGCCAUUUUAGGAGCCUCCUAUAGACCGCUAUCCCUCCUCUCCAUCAGGUCUGCUGAGCUUAUUAGCUCUCCUUAAGGAUUUAGAUGUGGUGUGAUCAUUUCAGUUUUAUUUUUUGACACUUAUGUUCUUUAAUAAAAUGUGAUUUUAUUCUGUAUUAAUUUGCAAACCCAGGGAAUUAAUUGUGCCCUUUGGACUUAAUGUCCCCAGGGUCACUUCAGUGUUCAGUUUUAAAUUUAAAAGGGUUACCCCCUGUUAUAAGUUCUCUUGACACACUAUAUGUCCCUUCUAUUUAGGGACAUUGUUUUUUGAUAAAUCUCCCCCAUAGAGUGUUACAGAUUUUGUUGCUGCAUGCAGAGGGCACAGAAGCUUGCAUGUUACGUGUGCUGAGAAACAUCAGCUGAUUGAAGGGCGAGCAGGGUGGCAUAAUGAGCACAACGAGCUGCACGCAGCAGGGAUAUUUAAUGCUGUAGAUGAACUACAAAUCCCAAGAAUCUUUGCCAGCAGUAAAGGACACUAUAGUUAUCAGACCCACUACAGCUUAAUGCAUACCUCCCAACAUUGAGGUCCUAAGAAGGGAAUAUUGGGGGUAAAAGGUGUGUGGUCAGUGAAAGGACUUCUCCACUGGCUUCACCCACUGGGGGGAAGGGGCAGACCCACCCAGAAAGGGGCGAGUCCAUUUGAAUUACUGAAUUACUGUCAGGUAAGCCUGGCAUGAAUGCAUGUCAGUCUGCCUGCCAAUCAAGCAGGGCAGUCCAAUGAGGGCAGAGCGUUCAGAGACCACUGUUUUGGAGACAGUUUCCUGGUGUUGCCAUAAGCAGGACACCAGGAGAGAAAUAGGACUUUCAAGAAAAAAAUUAAAAUAAAUAAAAGUUGAGAUUGUCCCGCUGAAUCGGGUAUGUUAGGAGGCAUAUAUUGGUUCUAGGGCAGAGAGCUUGUCUGGGCAGGGUCAGCACUGCACUAGAGGGACUUCCUUGGUUUGCUCCUCCCAAGGCAUUUGGCAUUUCUAAUGCUUUAGUGUCUCUUUAAAACUGGCAAUGGCUCAUGGGAGAUGUAGUUCUGUAACAGUUGUGUAUUUACGCCGUUCUGGCGUUCAGAGUGCAGGGGCACAGCUGCUGAAACUAUAUAUGUCCUGACUUUUUAAACUGCAAGAGAGAGAUGUAUUUAAUAUGAAGCUAUCGCUGUAGAUCCUUGAUUAAACAUUUAUGGUUGGCAUCCGAAGUAGGGUUGCCAGAUCUAGCAUGCUUUGCAGGAUACGCUAAUACAUGUGGACAGCCAGCAUGAAAUGUUUUGCCCUGUACUACGUGGAAUUCAGAGGUUUCAGGAAGUAAUGUAAAUUAUUAAUCAUGGUGGAAUCAGAAAAGAGAUACCUUAAAUAGUUCACCGAUUUCCUUCCUGCAACAAAGCAGGUACAUAAUACAGGGCAACACUUUUCCUGUUCUGCUUAUCAGAAAUGAUGCGUGUCCAAGAAAACAUGGUGGAAAUGGCAACCCCUUGAUAUUUUGGGAGGUAAAAGGUAUGGCAGCUGUGUGUAAAGUGUACAACUAACGUGCAGUAUAUAAUUUUUGCUGUAUGUAAGAUCUUGUUAAAGGGACACUGCAAACACUAUAACCAUUUCAUCUUACUGAAUUGGUUGCAGUGCCUGGAGUCCUCUGGCACGGUCCCUCAAUUUCAGAUAAGUUUAACACUAAAUUAGAGUACCUGGCCACAUACAGCCUAGCCUAAUUCCUACUGGAGAUUUGGCUAAAGCAGAGAUUACACACUUUCUUAUAUAGCCAUACCAAUUCAUACCAAUGGGCGCUGUAAUAGGUUGAAAGCGAUUAGCAGGACACUUACAGCCAAUCAUAGCCACCCAUUUUUACUCAGGGUAAUGUUUUCUCAUUAGCCCAAGCAACACAGGGGGGGUGGGCUGCUGGAGACUCUCGUUUAGCAUUAAAACAUUAAAAAAAACGCUUGUUGUUGAGUGGAAGGAUAGAGCCAGAGGACUCCAGACACUAUAACCACUUCAAUGAUAUUAAGCAGUUACAGCGCCAACAGUGUCCCUUUAAUGUCAUGUAGAAAAAAACUUAACUGAUGCAUGUUAUAGGUAUGUUAUCUCCAUAUUAGUUUGUAGGGACAUAUUCACUGAAUGACUUUAUGGCAAAGAAUGUUAGGUAGCGUACCUGCUGUGCAUUAUGGAUGCAAAUGCAUGUUUAUAGCAUAAUAAUGAAAAAUAGGGACAUGCAUGCUUUGGUAAGAUUAUCAUAAGAUGUAUGUUUAUUCUGUGCCUAUUGUAUUUAUAUGUUCAAUGUAGAGAAAUAUAUUAGUAUUGUCGGAGAUAUGCAUGCAUGUUCAAAAGGCCCCAUACGUUUAAUAUUGUGUUUCUACAUAUUUGGGGCUUUAAAGAGCCAUCGUGUAAGGUGAAAUUCUCACUAGGAUGCUAGAAAAUGUCCGAAUACUUUUCCGUAACAAAUUGCCAUAUAAAUUGCUAAGAGGAGACAUUUGCAAAUCUAUUUUUGGAUACAUUUUCCAGCUGUGAUAGUUUUGGCUUAAAGGGACACUAUAGUUACCAAAACAACUUAACAGCUUAAUGAAGCAGUUUUGGUGUACAAAUCAUGUCCCUGCAGUAUCGCUGCUCAAUUCUCUGCUAUUUAUGUGUUAAAUCACUUUGUUUAUGAACCCUAGUCACACCUCCCUGCAUGUGACUUGCACAGCCUUCCUAAACACUUCCUGUAAAGUUUAUCCUUCCUUUAUUGCAAGUUCUGUUUUUUUUAGAUUUUCUUAUCCCCUGCUAUGUUAAUAGCUUGCUAGACCCUGCAAGAGUCUCCUGUAUGUGAUUAAAGUUCAAUUUAGAGUUGAGAUACAAUUAUUUAAGGUAAAUUACAUCUGAUUGAAAGUGAAACCAGUUUGUUUUUUUUCAUGCAGGCUGUGUCAAUCAGAGCUAGGGGAGGUGUGGCUAGGGCUGCAUAAACCGAAACAAAGUGAUUUAACUCCUAAAUGGCAGUGAAUUGAGCAAUGAAAUCGGAGAAGCAUGAUCUAUACACUAAAUCUGCUUCAUUAAGCUAAAGUUGUUUAGGUGACUAUAGUGUUCCUUUAAAUUUUGCAACAUGUUGUGGACUCAAUAUUUACUCAAAGAUUUGAGGAUUUAUUGGGUAAAUGAGAAAUGUUUAGGGAUUUAUUCUCUAACCUCCAAAUUUUAGUGACUUGAAAAACAAAUUGUAAAAUUUUGGCAAAAAGUGCAGAUUUUGAAAAAUUCUCUUACUUUGAGUUACAGCUUGGCUAUUUUAAAGUUGUCUCUCCCAAUUAUUUACUCAUGCCAAUUGUUUGGGCACUAUACAUUAUCUACAAUCAUUAACGCAAUUCUACACUCUGUAGCUUCUUAAAGGAAGACUUUGCUCAGCACAACAACCUCAUCUUAAAGAAGUCGGUAUGGUGUCUCCAGGUGCUCUUACCUUAAAGGGUUAAACCAUUCUUGUAUAGUUUAACCCCAAAGCUUGCCUCCAACCCCUAUCUCCAGGUCCCCCAGGCGGCAUUCAACUUCUAAAAUGGAGUUACAGGAACCGCAGAGUGCAGACUGGUAGGGGCACCGCUGAUUGACUAGAGCGGUCAGCUGAUACUAAGUAGCUCCUAAAUAAAAAAAGAAAGUUACAAUGGAGAUUGUGUCUGAAGGCAAACUUUGAGGUUAAACUGUUCAAGAAUGGUUUAAUCCCUUAAGGUGAGAGCGCUAGGGGGCCAUUUGGCACCAUAACAACCUCAUGUAGAUUAAGUUGUUAUAGUGACCAGAGUGUUCCUUUAAGAAGCUACACAGUGUAGAAUUGUGGUAGUGAUUGUAGUAAAUGUAUGGUGCCCGAACAAUUGGGAUGAGUAAAUCAUUGAGAGAGACAAACCUUUUAGGGUUUUACUUACAAUACAGAAAAUUGUGGACAAUUGCAGAUUUUAGCCCAAAUUUGCCAAACUGUAAAAAUUCCCCAACAGAUUUAUUUGCAAUUCUGCUAUUCUGCCCUAAGCUUUGUUUUAAUCUGGUCAUUUCUCCACAACUCCUCAUCUAGUGAAUGAAUAUCUUAUAACUGUGUCAUCUGUUUAAUCCCUUUAACCCCUUAAGGACCAAACUUCUGGAAUAAAAAGGAAUCAUGACAUGUCACACAUGUCAUGUGUCCUUAAGGGGUUAAGGACGCAGCUUCAGAAGGAAAAGGCCUGCAUGAUGGAAAAUUUCCGUUGUGUCCAUAAGGGGUUAAAAUGGCUAAAGAUACAUUGUACACGGCACUACUUUCCCCCGUUUACAUUAUUUGCAAUUGCUCGUGACUUCCCAACAAUUCACUGUUUACUAAAAUAAGAACUGAAAAUGAAUUUGAAAUUUGAAUAACUUUGACUCAAACACCAAGCCCUCCUUGUAAUGGAUAGUGCCACAUAUUAUAAACGUUGGGUGAUGUAAAGGAAAACCACAAAUGUGAGCUAAUAUUUUAAUCCUUUCUCUCGGCAGAAUGAGUCCUGGGGGAAGCAGUAUUCUCACGCCAUAUUCAAGGCCAUGAGUCACAUGCUCUGCAUCGGGUAUGGCCAGCAAGCUCCGGAGGGCAUGACUGACGUGUGGCUCACCAUGCUAAGCAUGAUUGUGGGGGCCACCUGUUAUGCCAUGUUUAUUGGCCAUGCCACUGCUCUCAUUCAGUCACUGGACUCCUCCCGCCGGCAGUACCAGGAGAAGGUGGGCAACAUCAAACAUCAAUAUCCAACUCAUCUUAGGGUGGGGUGCAAUAGUAAGAUAGCACACUGGGGCUAGGUGUGAGGAGGGGGGCCAUGACCAGACUGGUAAAAAGAUACGUGCCAUACUGCUAUAUGUAGAGAGAGAGGAGCCAUACUGCUAUAUGUAGAGAGAAGGAGCCAUGCGGCUAUAUGUAGAGAGAGAGGAGCCAUACUGCUAUAUGUAGAGAGAGAGGAGCCAUACUGCUAUAUGUAGAGAGAGAGGAGCCAUACGGCUAUAUGUAGAGAGAGAGGAGCCAUACGGCUAUAUGUAGAGAGAGAGAAGCCAUACUGCUAUACGUAGAGAGAAGGAGCCAUACUGCUAUAUGUAGAGAGAAGGAGCCAUACUGCUAUAUGUAGAAAGAGGAGCCAUACGGCUAUGUGUAGAGAGAGAGGAGCCAUAUGGCUAUGUGUAGAGAGAGGGGAGCCAUACGGCUAUGUGUAGAGAGAGAGGAGCCAUACGGCUAUGUGUAGAGAGAGAGGAGCCAUACGGCUAUAUGUAGAGAGAGAGGGGAGUCAUAAAGCUAUAUGUAGAGAGCAGCCAUACCGGUAUAUGUAGAGAGGAGCCAUACCGGUAUAUGUAGAGAGAGGAACCAUACUGGUAUAUGUAGAGAGAAGGAGCUAUACAGCUAUAUGUAGAGAGAGAGAGGAGUCAUACUGCUAUAUGUAGAGAGAGAGAGGGGAGCCAUACUGCUAUAUGUAGAAAGAGAGGAGUCAUACUGCUAUAUGUAGAGAGAGAGAGGGGAGCCAUACUGCUAUAUGUAGAAAGAGAGGAGUCAUACUGCUAUAUGUAGAGAGAGAGAGGGGAGCCAUACUGCUAUAUGUAGAGAGAGAGAGGAGCCAUACUGCUAUAUGUAGAGAGAGAGAGGAGCCAUACUGCUAUAUGUAGAGAGAGAGAGGAGCCAUACGGCUAUAUGUAGAGAGAGAGAGAGGAGCCAUACUGCUAUAGUUAGAGAGAGAGAGGAGCCAUACGGCUAUAUGUGGAGAGAGGAGCCAUACGGCAAUAUGUAGAGAGAAGCCAUAGCAGUAUAUGGAGAGAGGAGCCAUAGCGGUAUAUGGAGAGAGGAGCCAUAGCGGUAUAUGGAGAGAGGAGCCAUAGCGGUAUAUCUAGAGAGGAGCCAUAGCGGUAUAUGUAGAGAGGAGCCAUAGCGGUAUAUAGAGAGGAGCCAUACCGGUAUAUGUAGAGAGGAGCCAUAGCGGUAUAUGUAGAGAGGAGCCAUACCGGUAUAUGUAGAGAGGAGCCAUACUGGUAUAUGUAGAGAGGAGCCAUAGCGGUAUAUGUAGAGAGGAGCCAAAGUGGUAUAUGGAGAGAGGAGCCAUACCGGUAUAUCUAGAGAGGAGCCAUAGCAGUAUAUGUAGAGGAGCCAUACCGGUAUAUGUAGAGAGGAGCCAUAGCGGUAUAUGUAGAGAGGAGCCAUAGUGGUAUAUGGAGAGAGGAGCCAUACCGGUAUAUCUAGAGAGGAGCCAUAGCAGUAUAUGUAGAGGAGCCAUAGCAGUAUAUGUAGAGGAGCCAUACCGGUAUAUGUAGAGAGAAGCCAUACCGGUAUAUGUAGAGAGGAGCCAUAGCGGUAUAUGUAGAGAGGAGCUACACUGGUUGCUAUGGAUAGAGAAAGCGGACAUAGGGAUGAGGUGGGACUAGAAGAGAUCAGGGAAUGCAGAGUUCAGUACAGACAAGGCCAGAGAACCAUCCUGAGAUAAGUACAGAUACAGGAGCAAGUCUUAUUGGGUUUAGUACAGAUGUUGCCAUAGAGAGAGAACCUUACUGAGUCAGUACAGAGGGGCCAUACAGAGAGAGUUCGUACCAAGGCUUUCAUAGAGAGACAGGGUAAUUCACUAAAGAGGAUUUCUCUUAUUAAACUAUGCUUCCAGUUCUGCUAUUUUAACCUAUUACAAUAUGAAGUCUGCUGAAUGAUAGAAUCUGGGUGCCAGGACUCUCCUUGCAUUUAAAAAUAUUAAGAGGGUUUGCCAUCCCGUGAGUCUGGAGUAGCAGUAUAUUAUUUAUAUUAUAUUCCAUUAUAUUAUAUUUUUUAGAAAAACUGACUUCAGAGGAUGUGUGCAGUUCCUACUGGAAGCAUAUUUGCAACACAUUUCUCUCUAACUGAUAUAGCCACAUUAAGCAGGUGGUCUAGAUAGAGGGAAAAUGCCAGUACUGAAUUAAGGAAGUGAGCAAUACUGGGAGAAGUAAAUUAAGUAAGGCCAAUACCUGGUUUGACAUAACGAGAGGGGGCCCAUGCCCAGUCAAAAGGGCCAUGCCAGGCCUGGUAGGUGUGAAAUCAUGGCAGCCCCGAUAAAUGGGAAGUGUCUUGCACGUCCUAGUAAAAGCUGAUGUGUUAUGGUGGGAUACGUAGAAAGAGAAAGUACCGAGUGAGAGUGGUAGUGAGACAGGUGGCCACGUAGAGGUCCAUGCUGGAAGGACUCAUCCAAGCAUGACUGUUACAUACAUGUGCAUGUAGUUUUAGACAAGAGUGCAGACUGAUACCCAUUUUCUUUGUGUUGCUUAGUAUAAACAAGUGGAGCAGUACAUGUCCUUCCACAAACUUCCUCCAGACACGAGGCAAAGAAUUCAUGAAUAUUAUGAGCAUCGCUACCAAGGAAAGAUGUUUGACGAAGAGAAUAUUCUUGGAGAGCUUAGCGAACCCUUGAAAGAGGUUAGUGAUUCUUUCCUGUUCCCAGAGACUGUAUCCAUUCGUAGGAUCUCUAUUGUGCAUGGAAGCCCCCAUGAGAUCCUUGUACAUGCUGCUCUUCUCUCUUCGACCAUCUCACCAGGUUUCUUAAUAUCUGACAUUUCUUCUAACUGCAGGAGAUCGUCAACUUCAACUGCCGCAACCUUGUUGCCAACAUGCCGCUCUUUGCCAACGCUGACCCCAAUUUUGUAACCGCCAUGUUAACAAAGCUUCGAUUUGAAGUGUUUCAGCCAGGAGACUAUAUCAUACGCGAGGGUACCGUGGGCAAAAAGAUGUACUUCAUUCAGCAUGGCGUUGUGAGCAUCCUGACCAGAGGCAGCAAGGAGACCAAGCUCUCCGAUGGCUCCUAUUUUGGAGGUGAGAUGACAAUGGAAUCCAAAUCUUAGGUGACAAUACAGGCUUUUCUAAAAUAAAAUAAAAACACAAAGUAGUGGUAUUUAUCCGUGCAUAUCAACAUUGCUCUAUAUAGACUAUGCACAUGCAUCAGGUGUGUGCACACCCUUAGCUACAGAGAAGCAUCUUCUAGAUUGCACGGUUACAUAUACAUCAACAUGUGCACUUCACCUACAUCACUAUGCCAUUCUACACAUAUCAGGGGCUGCACAAAUCACAACAUCCAACAUACAUGGAAAGGCUCCCCAACCUUCCACAUACAAGUUGCAUUCUUUGAUGGUCCCACAUCCAUGCUAUUAAGCAGAUUUAUCAUCUACUCUGUUUAUAUGUUGGGCUCUCUCGGUUUCAGAAAUCUGCUUGCUGACACGGGGUCGUCGUACGGCAAGUGUACGCGCAGAUACCUACUGUCGCCUGUAUUCCCUGUCUGUGGAUAAUUUUAAUGAAGUCUUGGAAGAAUAUCCUAUGAUGAGACGGGCCUUUGAGACGGUGGCAAUGGAUCGUCUGGACAGAAUCGGUGGGUACCCAACACUUCCUCUGUGCAUCGAUGCAUGUGGUCUAGAACUCCAUAAUAAACAAACAGGAAAUGGUAUUAUGGGUGAUUUGUUCACACAGCAUGGGCACAUGAUUUAAACAAGUACUUUUUCACUGAAUAUAGUUCUUAAAAGGAUACUCUGUGCACCAUCUCUCUGGAGUUGUUAUGGUGUUUGCGAUUAAGCGGUUUAAUAAUGGUUUAACUCCUCUAAGGGAAGACAACCCGCAAAGUACUCUCAAUGGAGCCCACCUUCUUGGAGUACUCAAGACCUGCAUCCCUAUAUGAUUAUCCAGCCAGUCCAGGUUUCAGUGGUCAAAUUAUCCUCAAAAUUAAAAAAAUUGUUUACAUAUUAAAAAAAAAAAGACACAAAUGCAGGUCCCUGCCUGAUCCACGUGCUAAAACCUGCAUAUUAGCAGGGUCUCCCUGAUUAACUGCACAUUUUUACUCAAUGAUGUAAAAAAAAAUUUAAAAAAAAUGUAUUGAAAUAAAAAAAUUUGUCAUGCUUCAGCGAUGAUAGUUCUCAGAAGGAAGAAGUCUCUAUGGCAGGAAUUUACAGCCAUUUGUCACCUCUGGGAAAAGCUGUAUUUAGGAAAUAAAUUGCUCUGUGUAAUAGAGAACAAGGAAUCUCCUGUGUUUAAGUGCAGGGAAUCCUUGCUGUUGGUGGAAUUGGCUUUCUAUCGUCCGCUUUGUCGUCAACGUAAUUGUGCAUCCAAAUCGACCGUCAAAUCUAAACAUUGCACCUGGGGCUAGAGUUUAAUGGGGGGAAUGUUUUCUACAAAUGUAACAUCUCUAUCUGGUCUUCUCUCAGAACUGGUACAAGCAGGAUACGGUCUAGGCCUUAAUCUGCCACCAUGUCUUAUUGUUUGCUUUACCUUCUUUCUUUAUAACAUAGCCCCCUCCUCCCUGUCUCUGUAUCCGUACAGCCCAUUCGCUUACCACCCCCAUUCUCCCUCCUCUAUUGCUCUUUCUGUGCUGCCAUCCCAGAUUACUCCCCCUCCUUUCUGAAUAGCACUCUUAAUCUGCUACUAACCUAUAAUUUCCCCCUCCAGUUAUAUCUACCGCCAUCCCAUAAUUUCCAUCGUCCCUUUAUCACUCUGUAUCUGCUACUAAGAUUAUACUACAGCUCUAUUUGCCACUAUUACAUAAUUUCUCCCAUCCUUCCUUCUGUAUUUGUCACUCGCCUCCCCCCUCCCCCCAUCACCAUUGCUUUUACCAUGCCAUAAAUGUCCUUCUCCUGUCUGUAUCACUCUUGGCAUUUUACGCUAUUUCAUUACCUCUUUCUGUAUUUAUAUUUGCUGCUGUCUUCCCCUUCCUAUAUUAUUCUAUAGAUGUGCUGAUGUCCCCUAUCUAUUUCUCAUUUCUGUUUUACUCACUGUAUCUGCUGAUAUUCUGUAUACCGUUUCCUUCCUUUUUCCCCGUAUUAUACGAAACCGCUUCUAUCCAUCCUAAACUAUCCUAUAUCCACAUGAUAAUUUUCUUGUGUCCCCCUUCCCUUCUUCAGGUAAAAAGAACUCCAUCUUGCUACGUAAACGAGCAGAGAACAGUUCAGGAUCGGUAAACAACGAGAUAAUUCAACAGAUCGUGAAGCAUGAUCAAGACGUUGCUCACAGCAUUCAGGAUCUCCAGUCUAUGGGGGCUACACGGGAUCCUGGUUACAGAACCCUAAUCUGGGAGCCUCUGAUUCACGCUCCAGUUCAGACUGCUGCAGCCACCACAAACGUGGCUAUUGCUCUUACCCACCAGCAAAACCUACCAGCUCAUAUCUUCUUACCACCAUCUUCACUUCCAGAAACUGCCUACAUGAGUCGCCAGGCAAGAAGGUCACAACCGAGUCUUGGGCUGUCCAGGCCUUCUUCUGUAAGCUCUCCUUCUGGUGCACCGUCUCAGCAACAAACCCCAGCUGGAAUCUCUCCAUCCACACCUUGUGGUGUCCAAAAGCAGAGUGUAACUGGGCAAUGCCCUCAAGUCCCUUCACGGCAAUGUCAAUCACAAAGGGGGGAUGCUCCUAUGCUGGCAAAACCACCAUUACGGACCUCUCAGGUGCAGCUGUCUCGUUCACGUGGGACAUCAGCAUCCACCUCAGUCCUGGCAACAGGACCUACAACCUCUCAAGCAGUCCUAGGACCCCUCUCUGGGAGGACUCUACACUACAGCCUGUCAAGAGCCAGUGGUUCCCACAUCUCUCUUCUCAUGCAGCACGCAGCCAGCUCACCGCAACAGCUUGUCAAACACAGAAGCAUCCAAGGACUUCAUUUUGGGAGACUUUCACAAGAUAUUAGAUUCCUUUCUGCCUCUCAGCCUUCGUUGCCUAAUAAAAUGGCCCAGCAGCAGGAUAGUGGCACAUCCCAGCAUAGUGCAGGUUCUUCAGGGACAGCUACUAACAAAUCAUCUCCCUCUGGACCUGGGCUCCUAGUUAAGCCACCCAUACCUUCUUCCCUUUCUUCGCAUCCACAAUCAGUCCCUUCAGGGUCUUUAGCUACAUCUGGAUGCUCAAUCAGUGGUUCGUCCGCACCACAGACGCCAGUUUCUGCGAUUAGACAAAGUACACCAUCACGCAAAGGUUCUGUAGCAUUCACCUCGGAUGUUGAGAUGGGCAAACCAAAACUGCCAUCUAAUAUGUGAACUGAAACCAGGCACGGAAUUAUAAUAAUAGCGAACUAUUGGUCAAGAACAGCACAGCAACAUCCUCCAUUUUAAGGAGAGAAAUAAUUAAGCGCAUCUAGGCAUCAAUGGUUAGAUAUAGCAUAUUAAAAAACCAAAAUACAAUAUAUCACUAUGCCCAGCACUUUUUACAUUACAUGGCUGAGAAAACAGUGGGAUUACCACAAAGAAAAUGAUCCGUUGGUGAAAUUGCCUUUACCCAGUCAAAGAAUAAUCUGAAUCUAGUCCUAGUGAUUGGUGACCAUGACGAAUAAGCCAUGAAGUCGUGCUAUGCCAUAAUGAGAACAGAUGUCAGCCUCCACAUUCCUUUUAAAGUCAUACAGGUUGGAUCUCAGCCAUAGGUCCCAUGGCAUGCCAUGCAGAAGACAAGUCACAGCCGCUAACCUGUUGCACAGAGAAUGAAUCCUAGGCAUGUGGCCCACCGCAACCAUAUGAAAUCUAGAUCUGAGGAGUAGGGCCCCUACUGUGCUUUACAGACAAUGGAUCCUAGCAUGCUAAACAAAGGAUUAUCCAUGCCAUACAGAGAGUGAGCGUCAGUGGUGGUGUUCCUGCUAUACAAUAUGGAGACUGAAUCCCAGGUAUGGUUCCCCCACCAUGCCAUAUUGAAAAUGGAUCCAGCUUGUGGGAUUCAUGCCACACAAAAAAAAUGGAUAUCAGCGCUUUGGCUCCUGCUAUGUAAUAGAUGGAUGCCAAGGAAGACAUAAUACAGGUUCUAACUGUAGAACAUAGAAUGCAGAGAUUAAUUUCUAGCAAGUAAAAGGGGGCCCUUAAAAGUCAAUCUAAAAAAAAUGCCCCAAUAAAGGAUGAAAAACGUGCCAAGACUGAUUUAUGCAUUAAACCAAACCUGAUAAGAUGGAGUGAAUGUACCCUAAACAUGCACCUCAAUCUUCCACCCUUGCUGUGUCAACUCACGUCUGUGAGCCCGUUUGAAUUUGUGUUUCUCCUCUUCUUUCUCAAAGUAGAGUUAUUUUUGUUAAAACGGUUCUAUUUUGAUUAGUGAUACUAACACCUGUUGUGCAAUAAGACUGAACAUACCGGGGUGGAGAUGAUGUACUUGGACAUUUCAGGAAUCUAUCCCACAGAACCAUUUACCCCAAAGAUGAUGGGUCACAGUCAUCCCUCCUUAUGUCUUCCAAGUUCUUGCUUUAGUCUCCAGUCUCUACAGUCUUAGAGACUUUCUCCCCAUUGGACUUACCAACCUUCUCCACCAUCAUGUAGCCAUUGACUUCUGCUACUUUCUUGUAGGGUCCUUAAGCCUACAGAUGACAGGUUUCUUGAGCCUGGGGCCUUUAACUCAGUGGAAAAGAAAGACCAGCAAGUGCCUUGAGGACAGAGGGUGCCUGGCUAACUGUAGUGACACGAGUUGAAUAAUUCUUGUGAUUUCCCCCCCCCCCCUUUCUGUGGAUUCCAUUAAAUGUACACUGAAUCAAGGACCAAUCGCUUGGGGUGGUGAUGGGUGGGGUGCUGAAAUUUCUUUGCCAAUGGUGCAUUACAUUUUAAGCGGUCGAUGGCCUCACUAAAUUGUGUUGUUUUGUUUUUUUUUCUUUAGAAACAUUGUUCCCUUGCACUAGAACCUGAGCUUUUAAUGUGCUAUAUAGGUUCUGGAAGUUAAAUACACUACACGGUAUGGAAUUUGCAGAUCAUGCUCUGUCUGGAUGCUGAACACCCUUUACACCAAAGCCUUGUCCCAACACAAAGCCAUUAGAACAACCAGGAACACAACAUAUAUUGCUUUACAAGAAAGACAAUGAGGAUACACAAUCGGUCUGAGUACAUAAACAGUGGUGCUGAUUAAGGAUUCCGAAUCUUUAUAACUGUAUGGGGGCGGCUCAGUGGAAUAAACGGCCUGUUUUCUGGGGAGAAAUAACAAUGCCUAUAAGGGUCUGCUCUUCAAUCAGCCUUUUAUGGAGGAGACUAAUAAGAACCUGUACCCCUGAGACAAAAACAGCAAAUAGAGUUCUCCAUCUGAAGUCCUUCGUAAUGUGCUAUCUAGAUAAGACUCCAUAUGUAUUGCACGACUUGCACAAUCCUGUACAGCUUGGGAGAUGAAGAAUUGGAUACCCCUAUCUCUUGAGUUGAGAGGCUAUAGAUUUCUAUAUCACUAACAGGGAAAUUAUACCACCAUCAUGACAACCCUUCCAUCAGAAUACUCUAAAAUGAUACUAACAAAGAGUAAUUGUAGGUUUGUCAAUUGAAACCUCUAUUGCUCCAUCUCUUCUAUGUAAUAGCAGUCCUACUAAGAUGCACUCAGAAGCCCAGUCUUUGUGAAAAAUCCCUAAAUUGAACAGUGACUUUGCAGGGAGAUUCCCCAGUAGCAUUGUGUGUCUGUCAUGUCCUGUUAAAGCCUGGUGUUCAUGACAAUAAGAGAAUCCUACAGGGGAAGGAAGGAGGGGAAUACAUGGCAUUAGAGCACAAAUAGGUAUUUAUUGCAGGAAUAUAAGCAGAUUUUUUUUGUAUUGUGUUGUACAUAAGUUGUUUUAACUAAAAUGAUCUGUAAAUAAAAAAUAAAA